AUGUGUGUUCAUGACCGGCUGCUGACUGUAGCUUCUUCUUCUUCUUCUUCUUCUCUGGUGGUUUUCUGGCAGGUCUGCAGGGCAGUGUGCAGGAUCCAGUGCUGGGUUAAGUGGCCCAGAAUCUAAUCACUCUAAUGUCUGUGUCAGUCCUAAAUCACACUCUCUGGCUGCAGUCAAACACUCAGUCUGUCCUUCAAAAGAGGGGAAGCUUUUCAUGACUCCCUCCAUAUUGUAAUUAUUCCAAUUGGAUAUGAGCUAUUGCACUUAUUGGCUGGGGCAAGGCACCGGCUGCCUCCGCUCCUAUUGGCUGCCUGGACACCCCUGAGCUGUCUCUUAUUGGCUGCCUGGAGGAGAGUGGGAGGAGAUCUCCCCCCAUCCUCCCCCUGUGGCAGAGCGUGUAAAUGUAAAGACUCUUUCUCUGCCUAUUAUCUGAGUGACUCGGGGUUUUGGUGUCUGCCUCCGAGCCUGUGCGCGUGUGUGUGUGUGAGUGUGUAUGUUGGAGGAAGAAGAGAGAUAAAGAGAGAGAGAGUAAAGGGAGGGAGAGGCAAGCAGCGUUUCUUCUCCCCCCUUUAGCCUCCCCGUCUCCCUGCUCCCUGUCACUCCAUCCUUCCUCCCCUCUCCUGGACCACCCUCAAGCCCUGCUUCCAGCCAAGACCGAGACCCCCCUACCGCCACCCAGACCACCCCGGGACCCUUUGACUCUCCUCACUUCUCCGUCCCACCUCUGAGCAGGUAAGGCUGGGCUUGUUUCCGGCUUUUAAAAAGUACUCUCCCCUCUUCUUUCCUCUUCUUCUCUUGUUUUGUUUUCUAACACUCAGUUACCUCCAGCCCCUCUCUCUCUCCUUCUCUCUCUCCCUCUCUCUCCUCCCUGCAUGCAUAUUUCAAGUUUCCCUCAUGGCACUUCUAUCCCUCUUGGAAAAGUGACACAGUUGCAGGAGAUGAUAUCAGUGAGGUCACUGUAUUUCCCUUCCUCCUCUGAUAUCCUGCUCUGAUAACAACUUCUUUCCUCCCUCUCCGUCCCCACAAUCUCUUCAUCUUCUCUUUUUAUGUCUUCGCUAUCUCGUCCCCUCUGGCUUUUAAUGUGUGCAAAUUCAGUUAGAAAGCGAUUACGAUCUCUUGUUUUGAAGUCUGCCUGGAGCACAAGUUUACAAGAACAACAUGCUGUGUUUUGCUUUUUAGAGAAAGCAGCUCUAAUUGAUUUCUUUCAAAGUGUUUGUUAGUUGGUAACUGCUAUUUAUAGGCGCUGACGCACCAGACACACGUGCUAUCGCUAGGCCACUUUCCUAAUGCCGGGACAGAACACAGGACCGUCCACUGGCUCCAGAACGCAUGACAUUGCACAAAGUGUAAUGACUUUACAAGGCAGUGAGUCGCUUGAUUGAAUCAAGCAAUCGUUCCAGGAGGAGAACUCCAAUAUUAACAUGGCCCAUAAAGCAUUCCUGGCAACAGCCGAGGAGAAAGAAAAACUGCUUAGUUCUCCAUCCGCACAUCCUGUACUUUACCAGGAAGGGGAAGUGGAGAGUGUGUGUGUGUGUGUCUGUGUGUGCAUGUGUGUGCUUGUGAGGGAGACAGAGAUACUGCUAAAGUGCUUUAGACAUCAAUACCGGCAGACAGGAGUUUUUAAGCCACUCCAUCAUAUCUGAAAAGUGGACCUAACAUCAACAUCAACAGCUGAGGGGAUGUCUUUCCUGAUCAGCUGGUCUGAUUCUUCAGAGGAUUUGUGACGGUAAUUCAUGUUCUUAAGGUGCAACAACCUAAUUCUACUAUUCAAUCAUGUUUUUUAUUUUACUUUUAAACAGCGCCAUAGUUCUAGUUCAUUCACACCAUCUUUAAAUGAAAUAUAUACAUACAUAUAGCUCUAUAUGGCAGUCUGGCUCUGAUCUGAGAGCUCCCUGCCCCUCCAUGUGCGCAGGUGGAAGGCUGAGCCUCCUCUCUGUUUCAUGUGCAGGAAGGAAGAGCAGCAGCAAAGACUCAGAAACAGGAUACAGGUGCAACUCAGAUGAUUAGAAUGUCCUGAAAAUAUUGAAUUUUUUCCCAUAAUUUUAUCUAAAAAACUAAACUUCCAAAUAUUUUGGAUUCGUCCAACGCACAGUGGAAUAUUUCAAGACUUUUUUUUUUGUUUGGAUCUUGAUGAUUUUUGCUCAUGACUGAUUUUUUUGUAUUUAUAACGACUGAAAUUCGAGCCCUUUUUUGGUAGUUUGCCAGUUGGAUGCAUGAAAGGUGAUCAACUGAGCUGUCCAACCAUUUGGGCCUGCCUGGACUAGCUCUACACUUCAUAUUUAGCUCCUAUAGCUAAAAAAAAAAUUUUUUUUCUCUUAGACAAUCCUGACAAUCAUCAUGUUCCACGUCAACUCUCCCUCCUUAUCUGAGCCAUCUUCAUUUGCAUAUUUACAAAUUCCCAUGAUGCAAUCUUUCCGACGUUAAAAAGCUCCAUCACUCAGCGUGACCUUCAUUUCUCUAAUAAUUGUUCUCUAAUUUAGAAAAGACAGCAUCUGUGGCACAGAGUCUCAGGGGACCCGGGGCUUCCCAACAGUGCUGCCUUGAGAGAAAAGCCUCCACUGAGAGGCUUUUAUUUUGACAGUCAGUGUGGAGUGUCCAAGGGACAGAGACGAACACCCAUGACACUUCGAAUUUAAUUCCAAACAUCGCUUUCAUUUUGCAUAUUUAUGAUGUUUAUGACCGUAAAUACGUCAUUAAAGAGCAGAUUUAUGUGAUUGUUGGCAGCGUUCGCAUAUUGGAUCACUCAGGUGUCAGGUUGUUGGUUUAUUAGGACGUGUAAAUUGGCUGUCUCUACUUCCUGAAGGAACAUGAAAGUGUUUGUCUGCUCUGCCCCUCUCAGAUGCUCAGUUGGAUUUAGGCCAAAGACAAAACAUCUCACCCUCUGCACAUGAUUUACAUGCAUCAUGGCUGAAAGCAUGAGGACUUUAAACCUUAAAAAAAAAAAAAAAAAGUCCAGCCUGGGUGCAAAGUUUCCUUUUUCACUGAGUGGCGGUGAAUAAUGUCAGCGUGAUCUAUAACAGCAAACUUGGCAGACAGUCUUGCAUUAAGUACUCUGUGACAUUUUGUGAAUUAGGUUCUACGUUCUCAUGAAUGACUGGAUGACGCAUUGUCUUAGAGGGAAAAUCACUCCCUAUUUCUUUAAAUCAAUCAUGUUUGCAGCACUUUUACGUCACGGACAAUCCACAUCUUUUCAGAUUACUUUGCGUAAAAAGAUUCAUCCAGAGGUUCACGUGGAUCCAAACACAGCAUGGGGACUAAAUGCUAUGAAAGUAAAUAAAUUCGCUCUGCUUUCCAUGUUUGAAUCUUCUUCUCCUGACACCACGGCGGCCCAGCAGCUCUUAUUCCGCCAUAUUUAAUGCACUUAAAGCACAUCAAGUCUUUCAGUGUAAGCUCUCAUAAGAAUGCAUACGUAAAAUCCCUUGUAGCAUGAGAUAUUUAUGAGCCUCUUCGAUGUGGUUGCACACUCCUUGCCCAUGCACUAACAUGCCUUCAUAAGCCACUGCUGGGAGCUUAAGUUGAGCUGCACGCAGUUAAUGCAGACAAUGAGUGUGGCUCGCCAUGUCAGAGCAGUUUUAUACUUUUCCAUCAAAGCGUGCCACACGUGUGAGGCGAGGGCGUGAGGUGUCGUGGAGGUGAGGUCUCAUCUGAGACAAGACACACAAAUGAAGUGAGGGGAUGGCAGCGUGAGGGAUGUGAGAGGAAGGGUUUUUGUUUAAUGAGAAAAAGACGUGAAGAAAUGUUUCCAAAGGGCUACUCAUUACAGUUACGACUAAAACGACUUCUGAGUAACAUAUAUUCUCUUCUUCAGAAUUUAUUUUCGGUAUCUUCCUGCCUCCGCUGCUAAUUUUCCAUUUGGAACAAACGCACUGUAAAAAAGAUGGAUCACAUGCAUCCAGUACAUUCAGGCAGCCGGGCUUCCUUCCAUGUAAAGCCAAUGCUCUGCAAGCAGCUGGCCCUUUGUGCCUUGGCCCCUUCGAGCCUUUCCGGAUCUCCCGCUGGCCUGGCUCAGGGCACCGAGUGUGCCGGGAGUUGCCGGGGUAGAGACUGGCGCAGAGUGGAGAGGGCCAUCCACUCUGACUGGCUGUUGUGUUCGUAUCAGUCAGAGAAUAACGAAUGAAAAACAAAGCAUGACAAACUAUUGUUUUUGUCGUCUCUAGUUUCAGUGGUGUGGAUACGUUCUAUAAUUUUUGUAUAUGUGACUCCACCCUUGUCUCAUCUUUCUUAAAUUUGACCAGUUGUGUAGUUUUAAAUGUCAUGUUUCCAAGAGGAACUUGAUAAUAUUGUUAUUUUGGUAUUUUGGGGCCAUAAUAAUCAUGAGGUGAAAAACUGACACCCUGACAGCCCUUGGAAAUACAGUGAGUAACUUUUAAAAGACUGAUUUAAAACUAAAAUUUUUCAGAAACUGAACUAAAACUUGUCAUAUUUAUUUAACCUAUAUUACAGGGUUUGAGCUAGGAAUGGUGACACUGCAUCUGAAUGUAAGUUGGCCAACUCAUGCCAGGCACAGUUGACAGUGAGAUCCAAAACUCUGCUCAGUCUCAGGCUACGUUCACACUGCAGGUUAUGAUGCACAAUUCGGAUUUUUUGUUAAAUCCAAUCUUUUUGUGCGGUCGUUCACAUUACAACAACAAAUGCCACAUCUAAUGUGAACAGAAUGCGUCCGUGAAGUGAGCCGCAUGCGCACAAAGCACAAAUUGCUUUCCACGCCUGUUUGUGUUGAACAAUGGUGACGUUUGUCGCAUAUUGAUGACGUAUAGGUCGGAAGGAACGCGACCUGAGCGUCCACACUGCAGUCACAUCGGGUACAUAUCUAAUUUUGGUUUCACAUUGGUUUGUAGAGGUAAUCAACACUUCUGGCCCUACAUAUCAAGCUAACAUAUCAGUCUGUUUACUUUGCUUUGUUUCUGGGGCAGCACUCAGUGUUGUUCAUUUUAAUAAUAAAUGUCGGGUACUUCCUGCAUGAAUUUCUCAUGGUAAUCUCAUGAUCCUCUACAAAGAGAAAAAAAGUAGUCUUAAGGAGAAAGAAGAAGAGGAAGAAGAGAUGCAGGGAGCCUGUAUUUUAUUACUUUUAGAAAACCAUUCAGUUUACCCGUACAAACUCAAUCUCAGCUCCCUCUAAAAUUGACUUAAGUAUGCUUUUAAACACUAUGUGAACUAAAUUUAAACUUGAUUCUUUAUUGAUAAACAAGUGGGAGUUAGUAGGCAUUCCAGUGAGAUGAUUUUUCGAUAAAGUGAGACCCUGUCUUAGUAUUUACCAUCUUUGCAGUGCACAAACCGACCCUGAGUGACACCAAGUCUGCUGCUCCACCCCUUCCAUUUACACUUACAGUUAACUUUUUAUACUCGACGUGGGCAUCUUAAUAAGUGAGCGGCUUCACCAAAUGUGGCAGGUGCACCUUUUUUUUAUUUUUUUUUAACUCUGCUCAAACUCAGCAAAACAAAAAUUAUGUCAACAUAUUUUUGUGUAUGAGCAUCAGUUGCAUCAAAAGAUGACACCUGCUAAUAAUCCCCCUGGAUUAGCAGAUGUUGACACAAUCUAAUAUGACACACCCUGUUAGUUCCAUGAAAUAUAACUAUAUAAAACAUAAGUGAAGAUCAGGGGAAAAAAAGGAGCAAACAUUGUUGCUCCUGUUUCAGUAAACAAAGAACAUCGUACCAUGUUGAAGCAGAAGUUAUCUUGUUUGAGCUGAUUGUUUUUAAAGGAAUAAUCACAGAGAGGGCGUGUUAUCAAUCACUUUUUGGAAUAAAAUAUGAGUAUAAUAUUGGAAAAUUGCAUUAAGAGUUGAAGCAAAAUCAAUUUCUACUUUUGUAUUGGCUUUUAAAGUUUCAUUUGCUGGUGAGUCACACAGUUGUAUGUGCUCACAAGAGACUGAAUUAUUAAUAUAUUUCAUUCGUGGGUUUUAUUAAAUUUUAUUCUCAUUUCGGAGCGGGAUGAUUUUUCAGAUUUAUUUAACCCAAACCAUCUUCAUUCUCAAUUUGGAUUUUUUUCUGAGUCAGAUUUUUGUUAGGAGAGAUACGAAACAACCUCUCAGGUUGAGAGGUGAUGUAGUCUGUAGAUCACAGUUUAGUGUUUCAAACAGUAAGCAAGCUUAGUGUUGUGCAUGAAUGGCAUGAUGCUCUUAAAUAAUUCAUGAGUCUGGUUUGUAUGUAAACAGUAAAUGUGAUCGCCUCAUUAAUUAUAUGGGCCUCAGAACUGGAGGUUCAGUGUGUCAGGGCUGCUAAGGGAAGAGAAAUAAAACAGGGUUCACUGCCCUCAGUCAAGGCUGAAUUCAGACCUCUGAGAGACUCUUUGAACUCAGGGUCACAGGCUGAUUCAUCAACACCUUCAUGUACAUUUCAUCCAGUAUCAUCAGUCCAGCAGCAGCUUACUCUAUGUUUGAUUUCUCUAUUUGUCAGAAAUGUGUCAUCUCAAAUCAGCCGCAAACAUUACAAGCACAAUGUAUUCAAUAAUGAUAAAUAUUAUAAAAUUAAUUGUACGUUAAAGGUCCGGUGUGUAGAAAUUAGGGCCUGACCGAUAUGGAUUUUUUGGGGCCGAUACUGAUUAUGAGGGGGGUAAAAAUCUGAUUAAUUAUAGAAAAUAUAUGUAUAUACUGUAAUACUGUAGGCUACUGCUCUUCACGCCCACAGGAAGACCAGCUGAUCAAACUCGGACCAGAAAAGCGUUUUCAAAUAGGAUAAGUCAGGGGAACUUUUCAAAUGGUGGAACAUUUUUGAAGUGAAACCGAAUUUUAUUCUCUGCAUUUUAUAUCUGAAAAUAUCAGCGAGAAUCGUCGAGUUUUGGACGAAUACCGAUUAGUCUCAAACGAACUAAAAUUGGCCGAUUCAAUUGGCUUGCCGAUAAAUCGGUCGGGUCCUAAUAUUGAGAUAUCUUACAAUCAGAUUCUAGAUUGAAACGCUCCUGUAUUUUACCCUCUUGUUGGUUUCAGAUCCAAAAGUUACUGUGACCUUUAAGGACAAUUAGCUGCUGUGAUGCAUGACAAGUAGGAUCCUCCAGUUUUUACCAUCAAAAUAACUAUCAGUACAAAUUCUGUUGAACUGCCAGACUUCUUCCUUUCAGUGACUGUGGUUCUUUGAGUCGUAUGUACAUGUAGACAUACAUAUAAUGGAGUUUUGAAAAGCUACUGUCAUGGUUUAUACACAGUGUUGAAUGAGGACAUCUGCAUUGGAAACAUACUGUUGCAAAUGUAUGCUGAAUUGAUCUGUAGUACAGCUGAGAGCACACAAAAAUACUUCCUAAUCUCAAUUGAAGAUCGCAAAACAAGUUUAUAUGUGAAGUUAGUCGACUGCACCUUUGCACACGUCAAACAGCUUCAUCGAGAGAGGCAAAGGAAAGGACCAAACUGAUUUGUAUCGCAUGUAACCAGCGAUCCAAAAUCUUAAAUUUGGAAGAUUUCUAUCAGAAUAUGUUAAAAAGUAAAAGCCCUUUUCAGCAGCUACUGCCAAGGCAAACAAUACGAAGAAUCCAUCAGGCCCUCCUUCAGCCACUCUCUGUUUUUAUCUCUUACUCCUUCCUUCACACUCACUCGACUGGUAAGCAUUUCUCCCUCACAGAGCUGGGCUGUAAAACUUAAAAAACAAUCUAUUCUGGGUCAUAAUUCAUAACUGAAUACCAGGGUUGGGGGUUUAAGGCAUUGCCCCGGGCUGAAAUUGAACACAGCACCUUUUUGAAAUCUGAAGCUAUUGAGGAGAAUUAUGAUAUGUGAAACCUGAGGGCCUUUUUGUCUCUGCGCAGAGCUACCGGCUGAUGUAAUUUAAGCUGGCGGAGGGUUAUGGGAUCAAUCAGCAGAGGAUAAGAGGGGAAAAAAUGGAGAGAGGAAAGGUGGAGCAGCAACAGAGCUUUAACAUUCCCUGCUGCUUUCUUAGCAUCACUCUGGGUGGUGCAGUGUGGUCAUAAAUAGGCAGCCCCCCUGCCCCCUGUGUUAGUGCUAUUUUUAUACCCGCUAAUACAAGGGGGGUUAGAGAACCAGCUGUGUGGUGAAGUGACAAGAAAAUGUUAUUGUUGGCUUGGAGUUAAGAGAGCUGUAGCGAUCAAAGCGGCAUGCGCAUACCCAUAGAGGAGCGUUUGUGGAAGAAUUAGCCCCUGUGUUGUUGUUUUCUUAUUAGAUUAGAGCCGAAAUUUGUUCAUUUAGGACUCUGGCUGUGCUCCAGUGUGGCAUGUGUUACGAUAAUUGAAUAUUACAUCUAUUUCAGAUCAUGAAAAUGCCGUUGUGCUCUGAUUAAACAUGUUUUGGAGUUUAAUCAGAGGUCAAAAGUUCACCGACAGGUCAAAUUACUGCCUGUAAUGACUUAUAAAACAGGUUUAAAUAAAAGUUUAAAUGAGAUUUGAAUUGCAAAGUGGGAAAAAUAUGUUUUUGGGAUGACUUGGACCUACCAUCACACCUCUGUGACAUUUUCACUGUGAAUGCAAGUUAUUACAGAGGUGCAAAAAGCAUCGAACUAGCCGUCUGAUCUUUCGACCAACACUGCAAACCCUAUAAACACCCAUGAUUCGAUGUAAACAGAUGUUUAAAUAAAAACCCAAAUAGUCUUUUAGCAGCAGAGAGCCAAAGCGUCAUCAUGGGAUCGUUGCUUUAUGUUACAUGCAGUUCAGAAGACAGACAUAUGAUCUCCUAAUGGGAGAUCACAGCUCGAAUUACCUCGGUUAUAUUGAUGCGAGGUACAAAUAGCUGCAGCAUUACUUUUAUGAGGUUUCAUAAGAUUUAAAGAAUAUAAAUCUAUUCAAUAUAUUCUAAUAAAGACAUCACAGGUCAUAUAAAUAGUGAUGUAGGAACUAUGGGUCCAGAUGAAUGCCUCUGCAGAUGGGUUAAAAAUAAAGAAAAUCAAAGUGGCUUUAAAAAUAUCUUAUAUCUUAUACAUUAUAUUUUCUUGUUUAAAUGUAUGGUACAAUAUUGCAGCAUCUUUUUAUAGUUCGUCGACUUGCAUGACCUUUUGGCCGCUUGUGCAGAUCUGAACAGAGAUUAAGUCCUCACCACCAAUCAAAGCAGAGACGGAUCAUAUUUCCUCUGCAGAACUCAGAGGGUCUGUCUCAUGGCUGUUUUUCCUGUAUUCCUGUUCAUGAUGGAAGAGUAUCCUGCUCACUUUGUCUGCAACAUUCAGUGUAGUUAAUUAUUUAAGGGUCUGUGUGGGCCUGUUUUUUUAAUUCCUGUGCCCACCUGCGCUCUCAAAAGAAUUUGGACCACUCCCACCAAAGCCCCUGCAGAGAUUCAAUCCUGUCUGCAACAAUGUUCGGCAAAUCUGUGUCACCAACCCGCAGGCGGAAUAACACACACGACCCCACAUAUGCUCUGUCUCUCUGCAUGUUUGACCUUCAUGUUUCCUGCUGAUGUAUACUGUACAUGUGUUUCAUUAUUAAUAUCCUGUAAGCAAUUCAGCCAUCAUUUAUUCAUCUGCUAAUUACCACUUUCUCCUGCGUGGCUUUCACAUUCCUGACUAAAUGACAAACAGCAUAAUGAGCUUUUCUAUACAUGAUGAUUUUGUUGAUGAAUACGACUGAAAGAAAAUCUGCACUUCUGUCUGUUGGCACGUUUGUCCGGGUUUGCUCGGCUCAUGUUGACCCCUCCUGUUUGGAUCUCUGACCGCGCUGCACUGACUCUCAGAUCUACAUCACUUUGGACAAAACUCUCCACUGAUUAAACUGUAAGAUUAUUAUCUCAUAAAGCUGUCUUCACUGGUACUACUGCUCCAGAUAAUCUUAAUUUGUCUGAGCUCUCUCUGGUCCAAUCACACCACGCAGUUGGAGUCCCAACCCUCCGAACAAGAAAUCUCGUAAAGUCUCUGGUGGUCAAACAUGAGUCGGGGCGUAUACAGCACUUUUCAUACACGACCAUGUAGCACAAAGUACUUUACACAGAAAAAGGAAUAGAAGAAACAAAGAAUACCCAAAUCUACCCCAGCCCAACCCCUUAUCCCCACCCAAUGAUCUAAACAUAACAGGAACAGUUUUAAAAUGAGUUAAAGUAAAAAGGACUUGAUUUCGUGGAAACAGGAAUGUGCGCACUGAGGAAACACCAUUUUAAAACUCAAGAUAAAUAAACACUGGUGGUUUAGGUUAAAAUCUAAAAAACAAAGUAACAUAGAAUUAAAUUUAAGAAAUAAUAAAUAAAAUGAAAUAAAAAUGAUAGUCAAAGAUACUAAAAUAAGAGCACCAAAAAAACGAACAAAGUUAAUGAUAUAAAAAUUAGUUAAAAGCAAGACUAAAUAGGUACGUUUUGAGUUUUGUUUUGAAGUCAUUCAGAUUAGGUGUAGUCCUCAGGUCUUCAGGUAAGCUGUUCCAUAGACGGGGGCCGUAGUAAUUAAAAGAAGCCUCACCGUAUGUCUUGGUUUUAACUUUAGGUAAUGUUAACAGAGAACUUCCUGAAGACCUGAAAACUCUACCUGGCUCAUAAGGUAAAAGCAGAUCAGAUAAAUAAGAUUGGCCAAAGCCUUUAAGAGCUUUAAAACCCAAUAAGGCAAACCUUAAAAUCUAUUCUAAAAGAGACGGGUAGCCAAUGUUACCAAAUCGUGAACAUGUUCAAUAUUUAUAAUUCGGCAGAGGGAAGAAAAAUCUCCCUUCACACACCUCAGGAUAAUAUGGCGAAAUAAUCUUUACGACCAUCUGAUAACCAGGCCUUCGAUGACUUUUGUCAGACGCCAAUCCAGCAUAAUUAUCCUGUAGUGUGUUGUCGCACUGUCAAGCCCUGAAAGGCCAAAAUCAGAAAGCACAGCAGACAAGUAUCAGCUAAUUCUGUUAGUAUGGCAAAAAAUGCAGCCACAGACACUUUCCAGUGUCCAAACAUUGGCUGAUGGCUGACUGCUGUUUAUAAAAAGAAGAUAAACUUCAUGUUAAAGGAACUCACCCCUAAUUAUUUUAAAAGCAACGUAAAGUUGAAAAGGAAAGAAAAAGCAAACAGUUACUGGAUGCAAAAACAAGAUAAUCAUUAACCAAGCAAUUUAGGUUCAGAUAACUACAUUUAUACAUCAAUCUUAACUGUAAAUCAACCUCUAAGUACGUGUUUUCAUGGCACAUCUGAGAAUCAGCUGUCAUUACAUUUCUAACUUACCUUCUGAUUAAUUCAGUGAUUUACACUGAGCCGAACACUGCUCAUGAAUGCACCAUCUGGGUACGUUUUCAGCCAUUUCUUCAUUGACUUAAAAGCAAAAAUAGUACCUGACAAUAUGAACGCAUUGGCUGCAGGUCACUCAUGGUUCAUUCUGUAGAUGCAGAAACAUCACAGGCGUUUUUUUCUGCCAUGCCUCGGCAGGAAAAACGCUGAGUUGUUAAAUUUUGUAAUCAAUGCUCAUAAUCAAAAUCAGACUCUGUGACAGUUCAGCGAUGCUGGCAGCUGCUGCUGACAGACGGCUCUCAAAUGUAGCGCAGUGGGUCAUGAAAGAUGCACAGUAGGCUGUAUUUCACCAAAACAAUGCAGAUUACAGCUUCAUUCACAGCGAAUAUGGAAUCUAUUUGUAGAGCUGUGAGGUAGCUCGAGUGAAUGUGAUGAUUCAUUUUAAGUUAAAGCCUGCGGAAAAUUCACUGUGUCCUCUUUAAAGAGGAAAAAAAAAACAGACGUGUCUGCAGCUUACAGAGAAAAUUCACGUCUGGUGAUGUCAGGAGAAAGUGUAACAGAUAUUCUAAAGCUCAUCUCUUAGCUCGGGCUCUUGGCACUCGCCGCUGCCUCUCAGCGUUUUUGCUUGAUUAAAAAGCACCCAGGAGUUUGUAAGCGCGUGGUAGGUGCGAGCGCACACCCUGACAGCUUAACAUACUGAUUAUUCAAGCCUCUUAGGCUAAGCCACGGCACUCGAGUGAUGAACGUCAACUCCCCUCCCUCCCUCACACAGGCUCCAUUUCUCCCUCUCUCUCUUUUAUUCUUCAUUUGAAAGAGUGGAAAGCCAGUGACAGCUUGCAGAAGGCAAACCUGUUGUCUGGGAAGCAGAGGGGAUCAGUGACACAGUGAUUCAUACACUGCUGCGGCUUUAUUUAGACAUAAUCCACACAGUGCAGGGUCCGCGCUCACAACUUCUUGUAUGGAUGUUGCCGGCUAUAGUCAGGCUGUGUGUUGUCCUGCACUGCGGACCACAGGGAGAGUCCCACAGGAGAGGUUUAGUGCAUUAAUGGCCGUCUGAUGUCCUCCAGGAGGGGGUCAAAAUAUCACAGACCGGCAAAGUGCUGUUUUUGUCCACACAGCAGAUUCCAUCAUGCUUUUUCUGUGUUCAGGGAGCCGUCUGAAGUAUGUUUUUCUGCAUUUAGCCACGUCCUUUUCUGCCCUGUGCACUGUGUUAGCAUUACAACUUCCACUUCACUACUCAUGAUCAUUUACUGCUAUGUUCAAAGCUAUCCUAACGUGUCCACUAAGCUUAUUAAGGAUGUUUGUUUCCAUUUUAAUGCCAUAAAAAUAUCAUUAAUACUGAUCAGCCACAAAGAGUGGCUGGGUUUGUCGUUAGCCAGACUGAGCGUGCUCCCUCCCGGCUGGUGAGGCUUUGACUGUUUCCACUGAGCCACACCUGACCGACAGAUUGGUCCCUGCUGGAGGCUGAGGGAGGAACAGACACAGCAGACACUCACCUAGAGAUUUGGCCGACAUCACCGAUAUGUACAGAGAAAGAGGACAUAAAAUUCCACUUUAUCUGACGUGUUCAUGACCAGACUUUGGUAUCGAUUAAGCUUUAGUUUUUUUAAAUACUAUUAAAUCCCUAAAUGCCAAAACACACCUAAUUUAUGAUUCUAUAAGAUUUCCUUGUAAUUACGUCAAUAUUUAGAUUUACUUUCAUUCUUUAAAGGUAAAUCACGGCACAGUAAAGUUUACAUUAAAGCCACUAUUUGUGUUUCCACAGCAGACUGUACCAUAUCCUGGUAUAUAUAUAUAUCCUGUGCUUCAUGCAGGAUGCAUGUUGGCCCCCUGUGUAAAUCUCCCUUACAUGCACACUGAAAAUAAAGCCAUUUACAGACACACAGCAGCCAACAUGCUUCCUGUAUAUCCUGGAAUGGCUUGAUUUCUGGUGAGCGUGUAAACACGUUAAACUAUUUACUCUGCAGGUGUGAGAGGCGCAUCUUAUCCAAGCCGCACCGAUCUCAUUUACAAAUACACAGAAGAAUAAUAAACUGAGGGUUGUGUUCACUUUAUAUCAUGUUCCUGUCACAAGCAUGAAAAUGUCUUUUGUUUAAAGUAAUAAUCAUGAUGCACUGAUCAAAUAAAUCGAAAUAGAAAAUAUAUAAAUCGUAACAUUUCCUCCCUCCCCGUCUUCCUUCUCUUUUAUUGUAGUUUAGGGUCUGAUCGGCUGUUGGUGCCCCUACAGAGGGGUGCUAAAAGAGUGAGGUGGAUCAGUUAUUUGUUUUCAAAAAGCAAAAACUACAGCACACUGUAAAGGUAAACUACUUUCACUAAACUGCUCUAUCAGUAGGUGGCAGGAUACAAUCCAUCAUGACACACAGAGACAGAAAGCACAACCACAAGCUGAGCAGACAGUUGACAUGAUUUCACCAGAGUGGAUGUUUCCCUCUGUUUCAAGACAAGACAGCACUGUUAAAACUUGCAUAACAUGUUACUGUAAGUAAGCCAAGAGAAAGAAAGGACUCCCCAAGUUUGGCCACAAACACUAAGAAACAGGAAGCACCAAACAAGGGCGCUCUGUAGUGCUGAUUGAACAGGUGUUUGAGAACUGCAGAAGCAUGCUCAGUUCAACAGCACAGGGGUUUAAAAGGGAUAGUCCAGCGUAAAAUUAAUGUAGGGUCAAACACACCGUAACACUGAGUUAGACACCCCGUCGAGAGAUGAAUGUUGCCGACCGCUUGCAUCUCUAGUUAUACCAACUUUAGUAACAAUCGCAGGAUAGCGAUACAAAGCGUUCUCAGGAGCCAUAAACAAACCUUAACCAAAAUGCCACUCUAUAGCCACAAAUAAUGCUCAGCAUUAUUAUCAGCACCUAACUUCAUCAACAGUACAGGGUCCCAUCCACAGUACUAGCUAUCAAACAUCUUUUUAAAUUUGCCUAAUUUCUUUAGCAAAGACACUAAACACAACUUACUUAUUCUCUUCCAGCAGCCGCUUGUUUGUAGCGAGACCUCUCGGCUUGGUUUCAGUUACCAAGUCAGAAAUGCAAAAUCGGAGGCCUGAAAAGAGAUGGCUUCAUCCACGAGAGUGAUUUUAGCGCUUGCCUUAUAUUCGGACAAGGCAAGCGCUAAAAUAACUUUCGUAGUUGUACCCAUCUUCUUUCCCCCCCGAUUUUGCUUUGUUUGCGAAUUGGUAACUGAAACGCUGGGAACUCAGGUGUGACGUCAUUUUCCAUCCAUUUAAAAAAUAGAAAAAAAAACAAACUUCUCAGUUUGGACUUUGUCUUUAUCAGUCAACCGUAGCUGCAGUAGAGUACUGUGGCAAGAUCUAACUGUAUAAGGUUGGUAAGUUGUUGACCAUGCUGGUAAUUUACAGGCAGGCCUUGUUAUCCGUGGUCAUGUCCUCUCAUCUGUGUCUUCCUUUCAUUCAACCCUCCUAUCUUAGAGGAGAGAAGGUACAGCUGUGCUUCCUGUUUCCCUGACACACUUUUCCUGACGUCGUCUUUAUUUUUUUAUUUUUGUACUUCUUUUUUUUUUUCGGUGCCGCUCCCGAAACAUUCUGCAGGAGAGGUUGCUAAGUCAGCGAGAACGCAGCCGGGUGUGCUUAAGCAGAUGUAGAAAAGGAGGCGAGUGCUUCAGGAGCUUGAGAAAACACUUCCCCGGGUUGCUGCUGCCGCUGGCGUGUGCUCGCUCUGAGUCUUAGGCGGUGGGUCUGACGUGGGAGAGCUGCUGUAAUGAAAGGGGGCAGGUCUGAAAAAAAGAGAGCUUAAAAUCCCAUUAGCCCUUGCUGCACUUUUCCACCUCCCCAUAUGUACAACCUAAUUCAUUAAUCACUAAAAAUUUCAGAGCCCCCCGCAGGGGACCCAUUUAAGAAUCCCAUCAUGUACUAUUAAAAGUAACACUUAUGGACGCACCAAAUGACGCUAAAGUGUGUAUUUGCCAACUAACAAACACGUCACCUACAGUGAAGCAUUACUGGACACUCCUUUUUCUCCUAUCUUUCUCUCGAUCCACAUUAGGGAAAGGGAAAUGCUCUUAACCCUCCCUUCUUCCUCCAUUAUUCAUUUAAUGGAAUACUGAAACUGUGUCAGUGCAACUGCUCAGAUAUUGUACCAGACCUGCUGUGCAACCCUCCUCCCUCUGAGUCUUAGCUUUCCCGCGUGCACGCCCCCUGCCUUGUCGUCUUAUCUCCUCUCUCAUGUUUUGUCACCUGAAGACUUCACAUGACAUUUUGGGGUCUAAUAAAGACACACACCGAGUGUUUAAGAUCUGCACAACAACCCAAACUGAUGCAGUGAAGCGUUGUCCAACUUUUAUAAUAGCUUGUUUAUCAACACAGCAGCAUGCAUCUUCUGUGUACUGAUAUUGUCAUGCUAAUUUGAGCCCAAUCUCUGCAACAUGUUCCCUUGAUUUUCAAACAUGUUGCAGAGAUUUCCCUGUUUCCCCUGCAGGCGAAUCCAAAGUGGAGGCAGAUUACUUAACCAGCAUGGUGUGAUCUCUGCACACACAGAUUUGAUAGAACUUGAUCCAUCAGCUAAUUCGCUUUUGUCGCUCGGUGAGAGGGAGGGCUGCAUGACAUCAUGAUUACCCCCCGCAGUCUCUCCACCACACACGAGCAUACCGCUGUUGUCAUGUGCAGUCUGUCUAACUCCGAACCGUGGAGAGAAUUUCUGCACAUUUACAUGCAAUGAGAAAAAAAAAAACCUUUGAAAUGUUGUUUGGGUUAAUCCCAAAUGCAUGGAUGUUUGGCUACAAAAACACUGUGUGCUACAUGUUGUAAACACGUACUGUAUAUUUGUGUGCAGAGAGUAGAAAACUACAGAAAAACAGCUCUGAAAGGAGGUUCUUCAUUUUUUCACCCCUCCUGGGAUUAAGUGGUCAAAGACUGAAACAUCAAAGAGUGUCUGUGUCGUCUCCAUGUUCGGGAAAAGCUCUUACGCUGAAGGUGUGACGACGUCAAACGCUGUUAACUCUGCACAAUGUAAGGCUUCCCCGACACAAACGCACAUUUUCACAUUUAAGAAUUAAGCCUAUACAUCAUUUAUGAUUGGCUCUUUUAGCGUGGGGAGAAUAUAAUUGCUUAUUUCUCGACCUGCAGAAUUAAUUCAUGGGUGGGAUGCAAAGCAUGAAGGUUUGGGGGAUUUGAACAAUUUAGCUUUGAUGUGCGUUUCCAUUCAUUUCCAUUUAGAUCAGAGCACUGGGGCUGUUGAAAGGUCUUCAGAGCCACUGACCUCAUUAAUGCGCUUAGAUCAAACACUCUUUUUAUCGCGUUUAUCUGCCAUUUAGUAACAGGGUUCUCCGUCGCAGGGUCAUAAAGCUACAGGAGGCUGCAAGGCUAUUUCAGUGUGCCUUAUAAAACAAGAGGAAAACUACCUUGUUGUGCAACAUUUGGCCAACUUAAGGCGUAACACAGUUGUACUUUGCUGUCUGUUUUGAAUGUUUGCAAGAAAAAUUGAAGAAGUUUUUGAAAUCUCAGUUUUAGGGAGCCUUUAAAACAGAUUAAUCAGAUCACUAAUUAGUCCCUGCUCUCUGCUUAGAGGUAAGGUAAUCAGUGAAAUCACCAGGUGGAGUUUUGAGUUGGAAAGAAAACCUGCAGCCUCUCGGCCCUCUAUGGCACAUGAUUGCCCACCCCUGCUUUAAGAUAUUUGCAUUGAAUUGUCAUUUUAGUCGCAGAUCCAAGAAAUCCAUUUACGGUAUUUCCAGACUAUAAGUCACACUUUUUUUCACAGUUUGGCUGGGUUUGCGACUUCUACUCAGGUGCGACUUAUUAAAAUAUAUAAUUUCACAUAUAGUCUGACGACAGUCACGCAGAGGAGGAAGUGGCGCUUCGUUCACCUGUGGAGUUGGCAGAGUUGUUCAGAAGUCACACCAAGGAUGAAGAAUUCGAUGGAUUUAGUUCUUUGGAGUGAGAUUGAGAGUUUGGUAAACUUGUUUUGUUAUGUUUUUUAUAAUUUAGCUAUCUGAAUAACUGUUAAUAUGUCACAUUAACAUACCAGACACCUAUUGAGUUUGUUGUUUAUGCUUCAUGUAGCUGAAUAAACAUCAGCAUGUUAUGUAAGCAUACUGUACACCUAUUCAGCCUGUUGUUCUCUAUUCUACUGUUAUUAUUAGAACUUGCCUGUCAAGAUGAAAUGUCUGGUCUUGGUCUUGGAUUUUGUGAAAUGAAUUUCCCCCCAAAAAUGCGACUUAUACCGGUCUCUGUUUUUUCUUCUUCAUUAUGCAUUUUUUGGCUGGUGCGACUUAUCCUUCAAAGCGACUUACAGUCCGAAAAAUACAGUACUUUUUUCACAUCUGUUUUGAGGAAUCCUCCAGUGUUGUUUUAGUGCAUACUCUUGCACUGCUUUAGAGGAACUCUUAAGUGUAUAUUCGAGGUACAAUUAACUUUCUGUUUGGAGAGAUCUCCUGAGGUUGUAUUAAGUUCUGCUUCAGUCUCUGUUUCGUUUUAGCCUCUGACUUUAUCUUUUAGCACCUGUCUCAACAUCUGUCUGUAAAGCCAAGGAUAAAGGCCACAUUUCCAAAAUAAAGAAACAUGUUUUCAAGGACAGAGCGAUAAACUCAUGAGAGUAACGUUUCAUGUGUUCAUUAAAUUAAAUGUAAACGUAGGGCUUCAAUCUCAUAAACGUAUGAGCUUUAUGUUGCACUUCACAUGAUUAAAAAAGUUUACAGGAGAAAAGUGUUACAUCUGAGACUUUAAUCUUGUUAAUUUAUGGGGAUUAAUGUACUUUCUGAGACUACAGCUGUAAAUUUAUGUUAGAGAAGCCGUAAAUUUACAAUUUCAGUCUCAUUAGUUUAUGAGAUAUGGAUUAGAGUUGGACUUAAUGUGAUCAGAGUCAUAACUAAAAAGAAUAAAGUUGCACAUUUAUGAGAGGGAAAGGUGCAGUAACAGGCUUUGGUUAGUUUAAUGUUGACAUUUAAUGUCAAAAAAGGAGGAUGUGAAGAAUCAGCCAGCUGCCUGCACUAAACUAUGAACAGCUGAAGGCUCCUAUUUCUGAUCUGAAUAACACAGACGAGCUGAGGACUGAAAUUAUGAUUAUUUUUCUCAUAUAUUGAAAACUUGAUUUAAUUCAUCAACACCUCUAAUUGGUCAGGUUUUCUUCUUUCUUUACUUUCUCUUUACGUCUGACUUCCUUCCUCUCAGGUUGCAGGUGGAGAGACACUUAUGUUGCCUCUGAAAAUAGCAUGUAAUGCGGGUUUCUGACUUUAAAGUAAAGGUCUGGAAGUGUGCAAAACGAAGCAUAUAUUGAUGUUAUAGUUGACCUUUCUCAGAAUUGGCUGAAUUCGUCCAGCUGACUUCAUCUGCAGUGGUUGAUAACUUAGCUUCUCUUUGCUGGCUUGUAUGUCUUAAAGGUGGGGUAGGCAGGAUCUGAGGAGGGGUCAAGUUUUGGGAGAAAUCUUGAAUGUAAAAUCUACGCCUCCCAACUAGUUUUCCCCUCAAAAGGGGAAAACUGAAAGGUUUUUAGCAGAACUGACGCUGCUGUGUGCAUCAGCUUUAGUUUGUCCGUAAAGAUCAAGCUCUUAAUUGCUAGUGAGGAAAGCAUCUCAACUCGUAAUCACAGCCUUGCUCCUCAGACACUAUUUUAGAACAAUGGCUCUUUUGUGUGCUUUUAUUUACACGAGCGAAAGAGAAGAAAACUCAACAAAGCACCCAACUGUCUUCACUUUGACAAAAAAAGAGAGCAGAGUUAGUUCAACAUCAUAAACUCUGUUACUCUGCACCUUGGGGAGCAAUCAGGCUCCAUUUGCAGCACGUCCUCACAAAAAGACGGAAAAUCAGGUAACACAGCCUGUCAGAAAAAUUGACUGGUCAACAGUUUGCUGCUGGUAAUUUAUCAGGUUUAUUAAAUCUGGCACUUUUCAUCUGCAGAAAAAUUGUACUAGUAAGGGGAAAAGCAGCUGUGCAGUUUCCAUGCACAUAAGGCAGCGUGUCUCGCGAUGCGUGAAACUCAUUUGGCUGACUGUGUAUUUAUAGAGAAGUGGGAUCUGUUGGACAGCUUAAUAAAGCACAUUAUAGAUCUGCACUUUCCAGUAAUAAGAAAUAUAAGGAAGCAAAGAGGGAUACUUGUGCUGGACAUUAGCGGAGCGAUGAAGACAUUUGCUUCUUUCCUCCUAGAGCAGGAUUGAUAAGGCUCAUAUUCUCUAUUGGAGGCGGUAAAUUAAUGUUUCUAAUGUGGCAAUGAGGAAUAAGUUUAACUAUAAUUAGAUUAUUCUAAUGAUUUACAUAAAUUUGUGUCUUGGUGUUGAGGAAAAACUCUCCUCGGUCCAUUCAGAUGAAACUGCGCUUCAGGAGGAAGAAAAGUGAUAAUUCUGGUCUGUAUCAGAGUACAGAUACAGAGUUUAAGCGAUGAAUCAACACAAAAUGACACUAAAAGGGCAAAUUUCCAUUAAGAAAUCUGUUUCCACGUAAAGCAUUCUGCUCGCAGGUUACAUAUCACACAGUUAGAAACAGACUUGAGCCUGUAAAUCUGAGAAACGCUCAUAAAAUUGAUUUAGCGGGCCGUGAUAGGAUGUCGAUCUUGGAAUAAAUUGGUUGUGGAACUUUAUUUAUUAAACGAGAUGCUUGUCACAGCUGAUCACACCAAACCCUCGGUGCGGCUCGCAGGAAACAGUAAGCUGCUGGUGACCCCCAACUGCUGCAGAGGGAAACUGCACUCACUUUAAAAACUGGGAAUAGAAGAUGAAUAAAUUUAAAAGGUCAGAAAAUAAAUAUAGGAAUAAUAAAAUCAGAUCUUUAUUGUAUUUUGAUACCAGACAGUAUGCAGCCGAACCAUGAGGGUUUUUGUAUUUGACCCGGUUUGAUAAAGGAGUUUGAUUGUUGUCAGUUUGUCAGAGGAAUACAAACACAUUUAUUCCCAUCACUAUGUAGGAAUGUGUGAUUUGUAUUCAGAGCUCUGUGUUUCGCUGCUCAUUCACACAGAUGUCACACAGGAUGACCUGAUUUGAAUAAACAGUGAAAGAAGUGAUUGAUCUGACAGCCCAUAAAGCGAUUCAGACAGGCCUCAGUUUGAACAUUUAUUCAUCUCCACAUUUGUUUUUGUUUAUCCAGGGGACAUUCAAGUCGUAUUUGCACAAAACCCUUCAACAUUAUUUCUAUAAAUGUUGUUUGAAAAUCAAGUGAUGAACAUGACAUUAUCUCUAGAUUAGCUCCAAACUUUGAAUAUCUACAUGUCAAAAUAAAGAGACUUACAAUCAUUUUGGGAUUUAAGCAGGAACUCAGAGACUUUUAGUUAAAGCUGCAGUGUUAAGUUUUUAUCUGGUUAUAAAAUAGUCUGAACUUCGAUGCUGACGCUUUCAUAUGAGCUACAACAGCAAACCAGAACAUCAGCACAAUGAUCGACUCUUUCUGUGACGCUAUUGUAAAAAGCUAGUGAGGGUACCUGUUGUAGUGAUUCCUAUCAAAACAGCCUUUUUCAACUUGCUAGAAACUUCAUUAAGUUUCUUGUUUAUCUAUUUAAAUAGACGAGUUAUGAUGUGGUGAUGGUGCGACUGAAAAGAUAUAAUUAAACGACUGCUGAGGGGACAACAGGCACUGCACUGCCCUGCCAACAGGGGGCGCUAAAAUCCCCCACAGUGUUUAUAUCACUGGUCCAAAUGUUUUUGUUUUUACAAUUUUUUCAGUUCUUCUUUUAACUUUUACUUCUGUUACCCUUUAAAUUAUUUUCCACCUUUGUUUAUUGUUUUAUUCUUUAUUUGUAUGUCUGAGUUAUAAUAUGGCUCUAGCUUUGUCUACCUACCUAUACCAACUGUAUCUACCUAUGGCCGACUAUUUUUAUUAUUAUUUUAAAUAUUGUUCUGAAAAAUAUCAUUUUAUCAUAUAGAGGUAUAUUUAAAAAUCAUCAUUAUUAUUAUGAUUAUUAUUAUAGCCACAGAACUGCCUUCUCAGGAUCCUUAUGAGGGGAAAAAAGUGUGGACAAUGAAAAAUAUACUCUUUUUAAUAAGUUUUGAGUCACUUCAUCACAUUACUAAGAGCUGAUUUAAAGUGAGGGAUUAUGAACUUGAGUAUAGUAAAAAAGUCCAGUUCUCUAUGAACCACAGAGUUGUCAAACGCUGCUUUCAUGCUGUUUUUUUUUUCACCCUCAACCACAGGCCUAACAAAGAUUUGCUGGAUUUAGUAAUGUAGCAGAAUUAUUCAAAUUGGUUUGACUUGUAGGUGUACUUCAGUCUCAAUUGUGCCUCAUCUUCUCACUGUUAAGAAUUGUACAUAAUAAUAAGUAUAUUAUCAGUGUGAGAGUGUUUCAUACUCUUGUGGUGGUUUUAUACACAUGCUGGCCUUUCCAUUUUCAAACAAACCUGUGUAUAAUGAGUGCUAACACUGUGUCUUCCCUUCUUGCAUUUUGGCAGAGUUGAUAUUCUCUGUGUUGCCAGAUUUUUUCGACGCCCUCCUGUUUCAGUGCCAGUGUGUGGUCACUGUAUGGAUACAGACUGUAGCUUCUGUUGCUCUCAGUUUCGAGUCGCUGUGCCAAGAUAACGGGUCUUGUUUUUACAGCUUGUGUACUAAAACCCCAGAAUAAAAGUAGUUUUAGGUUACAGACAGCAUCUUUGCAGACACUAAAUUACUGGUAGGGGCUGCUGGAUACUGGAAUUUAUCUUAUCAAUCUUUGCUCAUUGUGAAAACUGUGUAGGACUUAUCAUAAAAUGCAAAACGUUCAUUUAAUUGGCAUAUUUUGCCUUAAAAUUCUAGACUUAUAUGAGUGUUUUGCGUGGCAUACUUUGGCAUAAACUGUGCUUUUGAUUUUGCAAAUUCAAAUCUGACGAUAAUAUCAGCCACACUGCACAAGACCCCUGAAACACAGGUCAAAGCACACACAUGAACAACACUGGUGAACAUUAAACACGUACACAUACACAGGGCCUUGUCUCUCUAACACAUGCCCACAGCAGACCAAGCGUACACACACACACACACUCACACUCCCCCACCCCCCGACAUUCGCUGUGAUGAGCAGGCAGGAAGAAGGGCCUCUCUGGGUAUAAAUAUGUCCAGCGUCAAGAUAUACAACUGGCAAUUCCAUCUCCAGUUGAAGCCUCGUCGAUUGCUUUUUGCCCCUUCCCUGCAACUCACGCAGGCAUGCAAUACACACAAACAGAGCUGCGGCCUUGCACAGGUGCACGCGCCGCACAGGCACGUAAUACACACACAAAAGCAGAGGGUCAAAGAUGGGAUAUCUGUGAAAUGAAGUAUGCAAACAAGGCCAUCUAUUCUGCGCAGAUGUUUUUUGUGCAGUGGAGCAGCAAUGCACAACCAAGGAAGAAGGGUGAUCUGGAGCCAUAGUCCUCUGUGAUCACUUUGAACAGAAAUUCAUUAUAUGCAUCACUAUAAACACACUUAAAUAAAAAAGAACAACAAAGGUCGUGAGAUGAAUACUUUUUAGGGACAAAGUUCAGAGCGAGAGUUCUUGAAGCUACCGUGUUUUGGUGAAACAUUAAAAUACCAAAGAGUUUCUGUUGUCAGAUUUCAGGUUCAGGUUCAGGUUCAGGUUACUUUAUUAAUACCCGAAGGUAGAUUUGUUCUGCAGUGAAAUAAAGUGAUGACGUCCAUUUAUACAAGUUACAGUACAAAUAUAAAACAACCACAAAACAGAGCACAUGAUAAAAGCACCCCAAGGCUCCCCAGUCAGGACACAAGAGAGGGAGAAAAACGUCAAUACAUAAAGAAAAGCAAAUAAAUAACCCAAAUAAACAACCAACAUAAAUAACUAAGUAAAUAAUACCUCCGCAGUAUGUGCUAAUUGUGCAAAAUCUCUACAACUUGUUCACUUCAAUAAUAGCAGCAGGAACAAAGCUGUUUCUGUAACGUUUAGUUCUGCAUUUGGGGACUAGAAACCUCCGUCCAGAGGGAAGAAGCUGGAACGCUUUACGCUGUGUAAAGGUUGGGAGUCGUCAUUUAGAAUAGAGGAAGCUAUCCGUUGUAACUGUUUGGUGUACAGGGAUGCCUGGAAACACGUGAAUGUACGCUGCUGUUCUCUGUUUGCUCGGUUAUCUCUGUGCUGCUGAGAGCAGCAGGUUGAUUGAUGAGUUGGCAUUAUUGAUUUGAAGUGGCUGGGUCAAUCCGACCACACCUCAUUGAUUUUAUUACAGGAAGAAAAAUAUUAUGCAGAGAAAUUACCCCGUCGCAGCGAGAAUACUCCUCCUGCCUCCGCUAUGAAACAGACUAACUAAACUGUUGUAAAGUUGUAAGACUGUUUGUGAGGACCUGACUCAUUGGGCAGAAUUGUUGAGUGUGCAUUCACUGAAAAUGAUUUUGGAGUAACAUCACUCUCACAGGCGCCUCUGCUCGCUAUAUUACCAUCGACUAUGCUAAAACAAUAACACACAAACCUAAAUAAUAGACAUUCACUCCUCUGUCAUUUGUCCCUGCAGGUGGUUUUGCUUUAAUACUCCACGUUUAAGAAUUUGACGACAGUACAAAUCAAAGUUUCAGAAACUUCAGCUCUUUAUCAUAAUGUAUGUAGAGUUUUCUUAAGGCUCGAGUUUUUCUACAUUGUUUUUUUUAAAGUGUCAGUGUGCAGUAACUGCCAAAAAGAAAAAAAAAACACUCCUGAAGCAGAAAUCCUUGAAACGCAGCAGUCAAGACAGCUGAUGCGCCCUCUCCAAUAAACGUAGCGUUACUAAUCCCUCCCUCACACAUGACAAGGCCUCGUCGUCUUACUCACAAUGAGCGGUCUCCCUCUAAACGACUUCAAAGCGGAGCGUUCGCCGCCACGCAGACUUGACUGAUGGAGCUACGUUUCUGUCAGAAGCGGACGGGGUUAACUAAACAAGCAAUUUCCACACGGCAGCGUUUGCUAAAAGGCUCGCCGGGGCCAGCUAAGCUCCUGUGAUUGGCCUUUGUGUGUGAAAGUGACCACUUAAGUGCUGUGCAGCCCCUCCUGACUGCGUUUGGAGGAAUAAGCAUUUCCUCCGACUUUCUGCAUGCUCACACUCUCGGUUUGUGUGUGUCCUUGAAAACAUGUUGGUGUGUGCCUGCUCGCCCGCUGGUGCAUUUGUUGUUUUCUUUUUGCUGUGUGUGCAUGUGUGUAUGAAAAGUUGGCUUCUUUGUGAUGUGGUUAGGUAUGUUUGGAUUAUUACUUCGCAAAGAGGGAAAACUGACUGAGUUACAGGGACAAUUUCUUAGCUCAGAUGGUUUUUAUAACAACACACGAUGAUCGUCUUCAUGUAACUUUAUUUACAUUCAUGUUUUAUUAUUCUAGGGGUAUAUGAUCAAAAAAAUAACUAAUAUAAUAUUCAUAGGUUUGGUAAAAUUUGCAAUAAUCACCUGAUUACAAAAUUGGUUUUGUUUUUAUUAAGUUAGAAUGACCAGGUGUUAAAAUCUAGACAAAUGGAAGAUCAUCACAGGAGCUUCUUGUCCUCUGAGGCCACCGUUCCUUCCCUAACAGCAGGGUUGAGCAAGGGAGUGUUUCAAUGUGGAGUCACACUGUUAAAUACUGCUAAAUAUUUCAGUUUAUACACACUUUAUCUUUAAGGUUAUGUGGUCUAAAAGAAUGAACAACUUUUCUAGAGUUUUCUUUUCUAUUCUUACAUGUUCAAUUAUAUUUCUACACGUUAAAAAGUCACUUAAAAAGUGAUUUAACCUGCUGCUAGUUUGGGAUAAACUACCUCAGUGAUGGAUUUUAGUUUGAACUUUAAUACAAUUUAUUACAAAUCAUUUGAAAUCUUUAUGUUUGCCAAACUACCAUCCCCCUGAGUUUGUUUUUUUCUUUUUUCAUGUUAGAAAACAGCUGAUUUCAUUGUCGUUUAAGCUGAAAAUUAAAAUCUUACAAACCAACUCGUAUACAAGAAAGAAAACAUUCUUCCUCAAACCCUAACACUCAACAUUUUACACCUCAACUUUGAAUGUUAUUGUUGCAAAUGCAGUCAGUUGUAAACAUUGACUUGCAGGAAUCUAAAGGGGCACUCCUGAUCCACAAACUCCAUGAGAAAGUCUGCUGUUAAACAUGAAUAAAUAACAGGAUGUUUUGCACAGGGAGGACUGCUGAAGUCAUUUUUGGUAAAAGCUGCUACGUGAGCACAGAGACCGAAUUACCAUCACCUGCUUACUCAUGUGACUCACCCGCAUUCAUGUCUGUGUUUGGGUGAGUCCUGUCACGCACCAGAAUGGCACAAAAGUACCAUCCAAUAUCGACUUUGUGACUUUUAAACAAAUAUAGGCUCACUGGUGAGUCACAGAUUAUCCGGGCAGAUUUCAUCUCGUUUAAUUUGACUAAUUUGUUUAUUUUUUUAGAGCUUAUGAGAUCAGAUUUUCAGUUUAUGAUCAUGUACACAGACGUUUUAUUUUAUUUAUGCUCUGUAUUAAUCAAAAGACUGUGUCAUUAAAAAUACUAAUUUACAUAUUAAUAUUUCAAUAUAAGGGCCUCUGCUGCCUUCCUGCUAAUACAUCUUAAAUUUGACGUUAAUCUUCAGUGUGAGAGUUUCUGCUGGAGAGAGAAAAAGAGGAAGAGGGGGAGAGAGAGAGAGAGAGAGAGAGAGAGAGGCGCUUCUACCCCCAGAAAGGGGCGAGUCCUUCAGUAGCCGGGGUCAGCGCUCUAAUCUGAGGAGGUGAGGAUAUUGUGUGAGGAUAUUUAAUGAGAGGAUAAAAGCGGAAGGGGAGGAUGAGUAUUAGCCUUUUUAGAUAUCAUUAAACAUUGAUAGUGUCAGGGGACUGGAGCACGCUGGGGUCUUUUCAUUGACUUUCAUGCUGCGUGCUAAUACAGUUUCACCUCUGGGGACCUCCAACCCCCUCCUCCAAGUUCCCGGUCCUCAGUGCAGCGCUGCUGAGGCUAUAGAGAAGAUCAGAUCUUCACCCCGCUUCUGAGGAUAAGAUUAGUGCUUCUGCUAGUGUGUGCUAGUGUGUGUUAGUGUGUGUGUGUUGCAGAUUAUAUGAGGUCACGCACUCUCCCUCACUCCCUUUCCGUCUAUGGCUCAUGAUGUAUGAUACACGUACAUUAGAACUGUGAUAAAGCUAUCAGAGGCUCGCAGAGACUUGCAUAUUUUAAUCCUAUACUUAAUCCUAAAAGGCACUUCAAACACUUAAAUGUUAUUACUUAGCUGUUAGAAUUCUAGUGCAAUAUUUGACGUAAUUUAGACCGGAGUUACCUUUGCUCUUUAUUCAACCUUUAGAGCGCUAAAUGUUCUCAAAUUAUGAGAUAAAUUUAGCAUCACCCUGACAUUUUCUAUUGUGUGAGUCGGUUUGAGAACAGUUUGGGGAUAACAGACUAAAAGAGCACUGCGACCAUUAUUUGUACCGCUAAUUAUUCUGCUCAAAGUUUUCUCAGUUCAUUAUUUUGUCCUCGAAAUGUCAGUGAGAGCCACAGUUUACCGAAGCUCAAUACAACACUGACGAGCUUCUUUUCUUAAAUUGACAAAAGAAAUCUUAAAUAUUCAGUGCUCUUAUGAAAACAGAUCAAAUUGAGCCAUUUAGGAGCUGUAAUCACAAUUCAACAUGACCUCCUGUCAAAAUAAUAACUCAAGCCUGUAAUUGGAAAGGGAAAAUCAGGCUGUAUCUGCAUGUAUGGUGAUGCACCAACAGAGGGCAGUCAAGCCUCACUGAAGGAAAGAUGCUGAACGGCACAUGAGAGCUCCAACCCUGAGUGUAACUGUGUGAGUGUGUACGUGUGUGUGUGUUUACUGCACAGCAGGGUGUGGCGGGGGGUCACUUACUCAGCAUGUUUUAGGCAGAUGGUGAUGGAGGGCGCUGUUGCCGUGGAAACCUGAAGUGAUAUGCUCCAAAAAUUCACAGUUUCGUCUCAUUCACAGGAACUUGUCUCCUCGCCUUCCCCCCCUGGAGUUAGCCAACAACUCACCUGCACAAUGUAAGAAGCAAAGUCAGACACACACACACACACUCACACUCAUUUUGGCCUCAUUAAAAAUCAGCCCCUGAUGCUUUAAUGUCAUGCUGUGUGAUAUUGUAAUGAUUCAUGUAACAGCAGAGAAAAGAACAGUGUGCUUUCACAUACUCAGCAUAUUCUUUCUCCUUUCUCGAACAGAUCGACUGAACUUUCUACCUUCUGCAAUUUAUUACAUCAUAAGGCUUCUGCUGGCCAGGUGCAGCCGAGUAAGUAUUACAUUUAUUUCAGUGCAGCCUCUAAUAGAUACAACCUUUAUUCCUAAGUUAGGAAAGUUCACGUCUUUUAAGAGUUUCUGCAUAAUUUGGCACAUAAUAGGGCUGUCAGAAAGUUUAAACUACAGAUUGAAGUUGAUAUUGAGUGUAUUAAUUUAUGCACAGUGUAGAUAUUACAACAGAUGUACAGACUAUCAAAGCACAAAUAGGAGUAAAGUUUGCUGUUGAAGGGCCACCAGCUUGUGUUUCCAGCAGGACAAGUUCACAGCUUUCUGUGCGCGACUCUAAUCAUGUCAGGCUGAGCCGUGUUGAGCGUAAAUGUUUACUCUCAGCAGGAGUUAAAGACGUCGUUUUGACAGCGACAGCAGGAGACUUAAUAUCUGUACAUCAGUAGCAGCUCUGAUAUCAUUAUAACUGACAGCUGGUAGUGUUGGCAGUGGUUAUAAAGAAGUGCUGAGGCAAACAGGGUUUGGUUUAGUUUGACUGCUGUAGCUUUGGUUUGUAACAGAAUCUGUAGACGUCCACUCGGACCAUCAACAGUCUCAAACGCUGACUGCAGAUGCAGAUUCAGCCAGAGGCAUCCAUGUUUUUAUUUUAAUUGCUGAGGAGAAAAUGACUGCUUUUGUUACUUUAAUGUUGAAUGAUAUUUUAUUUAUGGCCUCGAGAGGUGGCUGAUUUUAAGAUUUUAGUUAACAAACAACCUCCUUUCUUAUUUUGAAGAUAAAGACAAACUCAAAUCUACUGUUUGAUGUUGAUUUUAACUGAGUUUUAAAAUCACCCUACACGAUUAAUAUUUAUAUUUUCAUCUUUUUUAGUGACUAACAUGCCGGCUUGUUUUAUACAAAGAUCAUAUUAAUUAAUUAAACUCAUUCAUUAUUUUUUUUACUCAAUUUUAUCUUUGGCUCCCAGUUAAUUUUCAUGGACUAUCUUUUAAGGCCUUAUUACAUUUUUUUACUUUAUUUGAUUUUAAUAUUUAUUACCAUUUAUUUCUAAUGUUCUAGUUUCCAUCACUUCUAGUUUAAUCUCUUUAUUUUAUCUCAAUUAAAAGCUUUUCCUCAAUUCCUCUGCUCCUGUUUUGACUAAAUCUUGAUUUAUAAAAUGUUCUUUACCUUAUAUGGAUUGUGGGCGGGGCUUGUAUAUGUGGGUGUAUUUUAUUAUUGUUUAUGUACAACACUCUAUGUUACUGCACUAUAUAUCAAUCCCAAUGUGCAUUAUAAUGAAAGUAUAACUGACUUAGAGCUCCUUGUUUCAGAUGUGUGGUCUGUAAAUUUAUGUUAAAGGUCCAGUAAGGAUUUUUGGACAUUCAUACAACAGACUAAAAUUCAAACUAACGGCUCUCUAAGCAAACAAGAACACAAGUGAUAUGAUUGAUGAGUUUCGGCACAUGAAGGACAUAGCACGCAGUCUUCAUUUAUCUGUUGAUACCGCGCCGUAUCUCCUAGAUUCAGCUGCUUUCAAGCUUUACAAAGACGCUGCUAUAUUCCUUUGCUUUCACAUCUUAUUCCUCUGAUCUAUUCAGGUGUACGAGCCAGACGUUCAAUCUCCCCUUUCUGCUGGAAGGCUGCCAGCCACAGGUCACAUGACCUGGAAGAAAAAACCUAGGAGACUUUUUGGAUCCCUCUUCGGUGAGACAAUCCUUCUUCUUCUUUUUAUUAAUACUCACACAAAGUUUGAGCAACAUGAUCGAUGGUUUGCUUCGAAAUGUACAGACCCCGCAGGAACGUACUUAUUCAGAAAGACCUGCUGAAAGUCUCUUUGUAUGCUGUGCUUCAAGCUCUAUUCAAAUGCCCACUAUCUGUCUCUGGGCUUUAGCGUGGGCUGGCUCUCGACCUGAAGGGAAGUCCAAAGGCUGAUGAACUGACGUUGCUCUGGUGUCCUAUAUGCCCUGAGAACACAACCAGCGCUAACCUGGUGAGUAACGACGCUCAUUUGAUCUGUCGAUAGUAAACUGAUGGGAUUCACUGGCUUUCAUUACAGAGAGCUUUAAAGAGGCAGGUGUCCUUGCUCGAACUCUACCCUCGAUGAUAGCUGAUGCACGCUCUAGCCUGGCCUUCCAUUCAUGCAAUUUAAUUUGGUUGAAAGGCAAAGCAACCCAUCAAUGUGGAAAAACACCAACCAUAAACAGAGAGAUGUUCAUCAUUCAUGGCUACAAAUCGAAUAAUCAAACAGCUGCUCAUUUCUCCCAUGUUCUCCUAUCUCUUCUGUGGAGCUGAAACUGAACCACCAACCUUCAGAUUGAGAGGAACAACUUUGCUGUAGAGAUAAAAAAACUAUUGUUCAGGUAAAAUAUUCCCAGAAGGCCCUAGGGGAAAUGUUUAUUCAGAGAGAGAGAGAAAAAAAUAACACAACUACCAUAAAACUGGGUGUACAGUGUGCAAGGAAUGCUGGAUACAAGGCAGAUCACUCAAGUGGUGCUAGUUUUUGAUUCUUCUUUCCCUCUGUAGGUCAUAAUCUAGCAUUUAAAGGAAACACUGACACACUGUUGUGUAAAUAAACCAUAAGGAGUGCCGGUCAUAUCAAAGAGACACUUCAUUUAAGGGCAACAAAUGAUCAGCAAAGCUAAAACUAAAGCAGCUUAGCAGGGUAGCAGUAAUGGACUUAGAAUGUACUACACACUUACAUGAAAAUUGCACAUUGCUGAACACAAUAACAAUCCUCAGGCAAAAACAUUAUUGAAAUAUUUUCCUCUGGAAGAAAUUCAGGGGCACAAUAAAAAUCAACCACAUAAUGUGUGUCUUAUUGGUGGACAUAAGUUAUAUUAUUUGAAAUCAAUUUUAGGUCAAUUGGUCAAAUGACAUGGAAGCUAUUGAAGGAAAACAGCCUUUUCUGAGAACAUCAACCGGUAAUUUAUUGAUGGUCCCUUAUUCAACACCCGACAUUGACAGCGAGGAGAUUUAACCGUGCUGCUGUUGCUUCUCGGUUAUGGAGAGUGAGAAGACACCGGUAGAUCCUCAGUGAAUGUCCGUCGGAUAUCCAACCUAAAAUUAAUUUCACUGCGGUAUUACAUAAAAAAAAAAAUUGUUGCCUCAGCUAAUUUUUUUUCUAUGUGCACAUGUGCCCCUAAAUACAUUAUACAAUUUGCACACAUCUAUUUUUAGUCGCAAACGCGAGUGAAAUGGUCGCACUGUCGCGCCCUGAUAUACUCCUGCAACUUUUACUCUGACUUUGAAGGGUUAAUUACAAUCAGACUCAGUCCCAUAAGCGGCUAUUUUAGCUCUGUGGAUGGAUGUGAAUCCCUUGCUCCACUCUCUUCCCAGUUACCCACUCCAUCCUCUGUCCUCGUCAUAAAAUAAAAGGCACAAAAAUAAUCUUAAAGGUUACAAAGCACCACACCAUAACCAUGAAUCAUAUUUGAAGUUCUCUCCACGGUUUGGCUUCAUUUACUUUGGGUCAGUAACUCAAUAUAACAAACAAAAACACUUCAGGAAUAAUAACUGGAGGCUGUUUGUAUUUGUUGAAAUAAGAUCUACUGCAACAGGAAGGACGUUUAUUCAUUUAUAUCAAGUCAAGGCGAGGCCGGUGUGAUCUGUGUGCAUUUGAAGGAUUCAAGACGUGCUGAGAACUAAAACCAACCCUCCUCCAGUCUCCUGUUUUAACCAAACAGACAUAAUUACUCCCUCUCAGUGAGAGCACGUGUGUGUGCUGCUCAAAACAAGCCACUUGAAAAGUAACACACACACUCAGAUAAAAUAAAAGCUGACACUUCACCUGCUGCUUCAUGCGGUUCAGGGACGAGCUAACAGUUUGUUUCCUAUAAACAAUUUAGGACAUGAGUGAUGUCCAAAGAAAGAUGAGGCUGCCCUUCUUCUUAUGUAACAGUCCUUCACCCGGCAGAGUGUGAAAAAAGAAUUUAUGGAGGCAGAUUUCUUUCUGUCAGUGUAACAGCUUUAGCAAUUUCCCCUGGGGUCAAAGGUUACCGAGGCAUGACUGAAAGAGUAGAGUGCUGGCUCAAGAUGAAACGGAUAAAACAUCAAAAUAAACUCAAAACACAUUCAUUUAAGGGCUUAUUUCUUACAGUUGUGAAGCCUGUGAAGUUUUUUUUUCCAAAAGGACCAAAGAAAAAUCGGCUUCACCUGAACUUCCUCUCUGAAUACACAGUCUGGCCUUGAAGAGUUCAGAACAGCGGUGGAUUAGUGCUGUCCUAGUCAAAGUGUUCGGUCAAAAGUUUCUCCGCAUACUUCAAACUCAGUUAUGUAAAAGCAAAAGUAAAGUCCAACAACACUAUGAGCUUCUAUGUUUCACUGCAACAAAAGACGUGUAAGUUAAACACCACAAAAGAAGAAGAAAAACAGUAAUAUACUGCAAUGUUGUGUUAUUUCUUGAUAGCUGCUCUGGUGCAGCUCUGUUUACACCUGCAGACUCCAGUGGACUUACUUUAAUAUAUCAAUCUGCAGAGAGGAGUCUGGUUAACUUGUUUUAUUUGUGGUAGGAGAGAGGGAAAGAAAUGAAAACAGCAAAGAAUAAAGCGGGAAAGGUUGAAGACACAAACUAAAGGCUACAACAGAAAAAUCUACAACAUUGAUAAGGCGCGUGGCGUAAACACUAAUCAGAGCUUGGCGAGAUAAGGUGACAUUUAGGGAUUGAUAAAUGGGAAAGAAAAUGUCACAGACUGACCGUGACAAGGCCGUAAGAAAAACAAAAGAGGUACAGCGCUGAUUCAUGCAGACUUUUUCACCUCGGUUUAUGUCACCAUCAGUGGAAUUGUUCCGUUUUCAAAGCGAGGAUAGCUCACUAUAAAACAGCUUUACAGUCAACUACUUCUGAUGCAGCUUUAACUAUGAGAGCUCUAACUUUCUAGUUUCAUCUGUUUCUGAUUUACAGAGUUUGUUAGCUCAACUACAUCAGUUGAAAUCCGACUUCUGUGAUUUAGACGUUGGGAUUUGGUCACUUCACCAUCGACCUCUGGUGUUGAUUAUCUUUUGCACACAUAGCAAACGGCUGAACUUUUAUAUGAGUCAUUAGUUGUGCGGACAUUGAGCUUCUGAGUUUUGCAUUAUUACAGACACAGCUAACUUGACUUUCAGCUAAAACCGGCUGGAUCGGGAAUGGCGGGAAUGGCUUGCGCAGUGCAGCAUGAGCAGCAGCGGACGUUAUAUGCGGCUACAGAGUAAAAUAUCAAGUUAAUUUUCAAAAUAAAAUAAAGUCUAUCCAUUUAACUUUUCUUCAUGUGAUAAUAGGAGAGGCUAGGGUUGUGGGAUUUGGGUGUUUAUAUACAUCGCCGUUUAUGCACCGAUCUCAUUCAAUGUCUUACGGGGAAUCACGCGAGAUCUCGUCCAGUCUUGCGAGAAAUAUCUGUAAUAUCAUGCGCGCUGCUCCUCUGAUCCGGUGGGCGCUAUAUGCUUGUGUAUUUGAUCCACCGUUCUGGAUCCAGUGGAAUCCCUGGGUGAGACGCUUUGCCUCUUGAUGGAUCUACAAAAAGAAUGUAUCAGUUGGUAUUUCCAGUCACCCACACCUACGAGUAAUUGAAAAAUAAAUAAAUAAAACCAGCCCUGAUAGUAGACGAUGAUUUCAGCUCCAUUAACCAUGGUAAUGGCCUAAUGAUGGUGAAAAGCUGUUAAAAAGUGAUGUGACCAGCCUGUUCUGCAUUACCAUUCACCUCUGCAAGCUUCACAAAGACAAGUGGCUGAUUCUGUCUCACCAGAUGUAUAUUUUUUUCUUAUCUUUUAUUUCAAACAUUAGUCAACCAAGUAAUUGUCAGGACCAAGGACAUGUCUGUUGCUUUUAAACACAACACUGUGCCACAUCGCAACACCUGAUUGCAAAUGUCAGGAAUCUUAGCACUGAACAGCUUCAAACAGUAACUGUGCAUACAUGCAUGUGUAACAAUAGCAGCAUAUCACCACGACUACUAUCUCACUCUUUGAAUUCAGCUCCCUCUGCAGAAACCAGCAUUAGUGCAGAAGCAAUAUGUAUUCCCUUAACUAACACCGCAUCGCUUAAACUCCCUUUUCAAGUUCACAUCUGCUGUCAGAGGAGCAGCACUGUGUUAUUUGAAGGUUGGAAACAUCAAUAAAGUGAGGAGGAAGAAAGAAGAAAAGUGCACUUUCAUGUUUUUUUCUGCAUGGGCAUGUUGGUCAGUCGCUCGGCCUGUUUGAAUCCGAAUCCUUUGAGCGUGUUUGUACGUGCCCGCUCGCAGACAUGCACGUGUGUUUUGACUGUUAACUACUCGGAGCAAAGCUUUAAAGAUUGACCCUCUGAAAAAAUAUCUAAGCCCUGCUUUGGACUGAUAGGACCGAGUCAGCAAAUACUGCCCGUCUUCUCAUUUCAUUAAAAGGGAAGAAGACUAUGCUUCUGCAACCUCUGGCCGUAAUAUUGAGUCUGUUUUAUGCACCUUUCAGACGGAUAAACUAGAGACAAGCUCACAGGAGGUUUAACACAUUUGCACGUACAGCUCAGACAACUUUCUUUUGAAAAACCUCGACCUUGUUAACAGCUGAAUACAGAAAACAAGCAGGCAUCCUGAAUCACAAACCUGUAUUUACUGUUGAUUUGAUGUGCAUCUCGCUUUUGUUCUAUCAGAAUUCAGACAAAUGAGAAUAACAUGAAGAGGCUUAACUCAGAAAACAUCCCGACAGUGAGCGCAGCAGGAUCUGGGAUCCUCUGGGACUUGAACAAGAUUAUAUCUGAUUGAUGGCCGGAUUAAUCUGAACCUAUUCCACAAAGUGCACACAUCAAGCGUAAUACUACAGCAUGAGUUUAGUGAUAGCUUAAUAUAAAAGCACUCAGCCACGUUCAUUUCGCGAUGGUUUUACAGGACACACUCACUCUCAGCAAUUUCAUGCUUCACUUUGAUACACCUGCUCACAUUGUAACCUGAAAUGGCCUGUGAGGCUGCUGCGGUUGCUACGAGGGUGAAGUGAAGAGAGGCGCGGUGAAGUUUUUGUGGGUCUUUAACAGAAUGAAUCUAAUCCUGCAGAAAACUAUGUUUCCACAGGAGUCGGUGGGUAAUAAGGGGUCGUGGUGCAUUCAGAAUUUUUUCUUUUUGAUGAAACAUUUGAGCAUAUUCAGAUUUCAUUGUAAAGCAUGUAGGUGUAUUCAAGGAGUGUAUAUUAGGGACGAACAGUCUAGCAUUCACUUCAGGCGUAUAACAAAGUGUGUGGCACGCAAAUGAGCUCAUGGAAACCUGAGGAAUCCACACUUAGUGAACCGACCUGACAAACUACUGGCAGCAAAUUAGCAGCCAUCACUGAGCUGUGGCAUCUGCCUUUAAUAUCUGUGUGCUGGGAUACAAGUUGGUCUCAGGAAUGAUCUGAGUUUUCAAGAUAACUUUGACAUAACUUUACUUAUGACAACAAUGUGUAAGCAUCAUGUGGAAUUUUAGCUUUAACUUUUAAUAAGACUAAAGUCCCCCUGCAUGAGAGCAGAGGGUUAAAUAUCAGUAUUACUGAUUUUACCUUUUUCUGAGUGACCUGUUGACGGCAUUUUGUUCUUCGCCAACACGCGAUCAAUGACAAAAUCUCAGAAACAACGAUCUUCUGCGAGCCAGCUAGCUAAUCAAGAAGCUGCAUGUUAUCAUAAAGGUCCGGCUGCAAUUAAAAAUGUGAUAAUGACAACGUGGAUGCCAAUGUACUUGGAGUGUUAUGCUUAAAUGCGGCUGUAAAUUGAUAAAUGUAACUAGGAUGGAAGAAUAAUCUUACAUUACUGCACUUCCUAUGCAGCACAUAUGGUGUAUUCUUCUCUCUAUUUCUGCAUAUGGAAUCAGGCUAUUGUUAUAACUGUUGUCUAAUUUGUAAUUAUAGAUAAGGCUGAGAUGAUCUGAUUAAGGUACCUUCACCAGCAGCUGUCUAAAAUAAUCAAUCUUGCUCUCAAUACUGCUGUCAGAGUCAUCAGGUGCUCACAGUAAUAAAUGUCUUUCUAUCUACAGUAGCAGAGUAAGCUUAUAAUAAUAUACGAGAACAUGGUGCAACUCCGCCUCUUUAUUUUUUGGUUUGCUGAAUCCUCUUUAAUCACUUCUUUACUGUCCAAAGGGGACUACGAAAACUGCAUCAGCAGAAUUUGAGUAAACUCAUUAUUCAAUUCUCAAGUCUUGUAAAGGGAGUUUCCCUAAAGCCAAAUACGAGCUUAAAGGCCACCUACUCAACUCUGACUGAUGGGAUACAUCAACCACAAAGAGCCUUCAAAAUAAGGGGUUUCUCAAAUUUACUGUUUGCUUCUCUUGUCUCUUGAAGUUGAUUUCAGGAAAAAAGAAACAAAAGCCAACAGUUACAGCUGCUGCAGGUCACGCGAUGCUAAAGUCUAAAACAUCAUCCCAAACCUAAGGUCGCUUUCACACCAGAGCUGCUUGGUCCACUUUAAACGGACCAGAGUUUGUUUCCUUGGAUAGUCUGCUUCCUUUGGGCAGGUGUGAAAGCUGAUAACUGAUAACAAACUGAUAACUUCCGUUUUAGUGAGAAUGUAUAGAUCUUUAAUCUCCUCAGGAUUUGAUUUGUUCACAUCUAUUGUGAGACCGCUUUUGUCUCUGAUCAGACUCAAGUUUAACCCACAUCUGUUGCACGAUGAGACACUUGCUGUCUGUCAAAAGACGCACAGACUGGAUGAGUCACGAUGACAGAGGACGCCAUCUGCGAACAGAGGCUGGGUUAUUUCAAUUCAGGCGGGGUUCAAAUGUGUUAAAAUUGCAGCUUUUGUUGCAAACUGACAGAUGUCACUGUGGGCUGACAUGCAUCAAAACACAGCCAGUGUGGGUGCUUACAUGGGAAACAAAGGACGUCAUGUGGAACAGCGUGUGUCGUCUUUAAUUUUGUAUAAAAUGGUCCCGCUUGGAGAGUGAGCCAUGGCUGUGUAAAGGCACGUACUGUACCAUUAGAUCUCAUAUUGUGCAUUGUUGAGUGCAAUCACCAGUGUGCAUGUCUUCAUUUUCAGUACAGUAGAGAGAGAUUACUUUUUCUCCUCGUAUAAAAACAGUUUCGUUUGAACAGGGUCAUGCAACAUCUUGGUGAUAGCCUCCUGCUGUCAUUUCUCGCCUCCCCCUCUUUCAAAUUAACUAAGACUCUCUUGUUCCCACACCGGGUACUGUAAGGUUGAACUAAUUAAAGUAGUUCAGCUGUCGUUUGGAGCAGAGUGAACUUUGGUGAACUUACUGCCAUCUUACACUCUUCCUUUUCGAGCUCGGACUCGAUAUGUUGCUUUGCGUCAUACAUAUAACUAGACAGGAUGAAGAAAAACUCUGACCACAAUGUCAAACUGCUGACAGUUUGUAAAAUAAACAACUGCAGACUGUUUAAUUACUCAAAAAGACCGAGUGUGGCUGAUUUCUCUUCACUUUUAUCCCUCUGACGAUUCAGAGUUUAAUGAAACAGCGGUAUCUAAUAGUUUGAUACUCCCUAGAUUCAAUAAGAUGAACUGAAUUAAAUAUUCAAAUCCCGCCUUCUUAUCAGCUGCCAGGAAAAAACGCAUCCAAAGAAAAAGAAAAAACAAACUUUUUCUGCUUACUUCCUCCUAUUAGUUCCCUUUCAUAUUAACAUCAGAGACCAGUCAGUGCGGCCAACAUGAUGUGACACGGCUCCGGGUUUUGAAGUUAAACUCUUUCAAACGUUUACCUUCUGCUGUCAAAAUAGCUUCAAAGUAGAUAUUAAAAGGGCAGAGGCUGUCACUUACAUGGUUACUUACGUAUUAUCGCCCACAACACAUUUUCCAGUGUAUCAGAGAAAAAACAGGUGAAGAGAGAAGCAUCUGCCAAAAGCAAGCAUCUACUGCCAUGUGUUCCUGCUUUUUAUAUACAUCACAGAGACAUUUUUAAACCUUUUUGGACUAACUAAGGGAAUAAAAUCUGUAACGAAGUCGAAGCCAACAACAUCAUUCGCCUGUUUGCUUAAUGGUAAAAACAACGACGCAACACAUUCCCAGACUGGUCUGGCAUUUUGUUUGCAUUCGUAUACAAAUCCGAGUUUAAAAAUAAAAGGAAAAUGAACAAAUGCAAUAGUAUGGUUAUUUUUAAGCCAUUAAUUGAAUUUACAGGGGGGAGAAAACAUAUAGUGAUAUAUAAAAUUCCUCAUACUGUGAUAUAAGAUUUUAGUUAUACCGCCCAACACGACAUAGGAAUAAACAAUGUUUGUAUUUACCUUUGAGAAAACUUCCCCAGUAUGAAACCUGAACACCCAGCUCUCGCUCGGUCUCAGUCUUGACACAGUCAUCGCCUUUAGAUGACUGUUCCCACAAACUCAAAGACCUUUUAAGAUGUUUAAAAGGCUACAUGCUUCUUCGUUUAUUAGUACUUUUCAAAUUUACUGGCCUGAUGUUACCUCUUUUCUUUCUUUAUUAACCAAUACUUACUGUCAGGCUUUGUCUGAUAAAGUCAAGGUCCUGACAGCUCUGUUUUACAGCAGCAGACUUCAGGCUAGAAUCAAGGACGAUUCCCUUUUUAAAAGCUUGGCAGAGGGGAGAAUCUGAAUCCUCAAUACGACUUUAUUUCAUCUCUUCCUGUAUUCUCUCUGAGUGCUUCUUCAGCCUGCCCUCUGUUAGACCAAUAAAACUGAGCGCCUUGAAACAUUCCUUCAGUUUUUCUACUUCACAAUUUUUCUGGAGAAAAUCGAUGCCUCUAUAUCGACUUAAGUUGACAGCAGCUAAUGUCAGACUUAGCAAAUAAACUCAUGUUAUUUCGGUUUCUGACCCAGUUGGUGCAAACUCCCUCAAAACAAUAUGUACCCAUCAGAGCCAAUAAAAAUACUUUCAGGAAAUAUUCAGAGAGCAGUAGACCAAAAGGCGUGGUUGCAUAUGCUACUCGCUGUGUUUCUGUCUCUGACGUCUUUUAGUUCCAGGAUUUAAAUCAGCUUUUAAAGGUGUGAUGUUCAGACAGAGCUGUGAGCAGAAGGAUGGUGCUCUGGGUGAAGUAUUUUAUUUUGGAGUCUAAUACCUGAGCUCUGUUUGUCUUUGUUCCACCUGCUGAUACCAUCUAUUGUCAGUAAACAUCAUUAAAUUUUGUUUAAAACUUAGUCAUGGAGAAAAUGUUUCCAUCUCACUGAAAUUAGACUCACUGCCUGAAGGUUAUUUGUUGCUUAUAUCUCACUUGAUUGCAAAUUUGUGUUGGGUUUGAUAAAAAAAUCUUACCACAGAUUAUAUUUGUAUAUUUAAGUUCUGCUUCAUCUUUUCAAACUCACAUGCUGGUGGAAACAUGAGCAAACAUAUAUUUUUAAUUCAUGAUAAAACUAAACCAGAACAUUCUGGAAGAAGCAGAAAAUCAAACAGCUACCAUCCCAAAGACCUCUGCACUCCUCCAUCACUCCGGCUGUCAAAAUAAAACUUCAAUAAACUGGGUUUUAUUCUGUAUGGACAGACACCUCACUGUGGUUAGCACAACACUUAACUUUUCCUGAAAAGCUCAAAGUUCAGGGGGAUACUGCACCGACCCUGUAUGUGAGGUUAAUGGUUUGUUCCUGAGAGGCCAUGAGGGUUGAGAAAACACAUUAUACACCAGAAGGUAUAGGAACAUACAGUACAAAAACAUAGAGGUUACUUCUGUCCUUCUGUCUGUGAUACUAAACUGUAAACAUUUACAGUGUGGACAACGUUACUCCACCCUGUCCUGGUCCACAAAAGUGGAGUGAAAUCAUGGUGACAUUUUUUUAAAAAUUAAAAAUUACUAAAAAAAAACACCUGAAUAAAGUCCAAUAAAUGAUAAAAAUGUCCUCUUGUAGUUUUAUCAGUUUCCAAAAACAUCUAAUGUACCAAUCGAGAUAAAUAAAUAUAUUUAUUAAAUUUAAGGACAUUUUGAUUUUUUUGGUUUUCAGUAAUAAGAGAAAUAAACAUUUCAGCUCAAAAAAACAGGAAUUUUUUGGCCAUAUUUUGUGGUGUCAGGCAUUAAAGAACUACCUUUUUUGGACUCAUUUGUUUAGGAAUGCUGUUUUGGGAUACUUUGGUACUUUUGUCCAAGUGUAGAAAGAUUUUGUAUCUAACCAAGCUCCUAUACACUGCCUUCUUCGAGAGGUUACAUAAAAAGCUGCUUGGACUAAACCAUUUUACUCUACAUAUACAGUAUGAGCUCAACUCACAGGGAGGUUAACAGACAACCUGAAGCCAUUCCCCGUCUAUUAUACAUAUCUGUUGUUUGCACGUCUUUUCUUCUAUUUGGAGAGACAUACGAUAGAAACAUAUAAAAAAGGAUUCAUUAAGUAUGCAAGGUCCCAAUCAGAAUACUAUGGCUUUAAGAUUUUGAUAGCAAUUAGCAAAGGCAGAAUUACUGACAAUUAACGAGUCGGACAUUAUAACAGCAUGACACUAUUACAAAAAGUUUCUAAGCGUUGUUAUUGACUUUAAAGUAGUUAUGAAACUGUUACCAGUCAAUUAAAAAUCAUGCUGAAGGGUGUCUGUUUCCUUAGGCACUGGAAUAAUUCAGAUGUGUACACUGAGGAGCCUGCCAGUUUCUCUAAACAGGCACUUUUAUCUAUUUAGGAGGGUAAUCAGCACAGUAAUUCAGUCUGUAAACUAUUAGAUCCAGCCAUGGAAAUGAGCGUAAUCUUGAGUUUAAUGUGUACAAAUGAAGUGGGGAAAAAGUUGAAUAGAUUAGGAGCUCAUCAUAACCAGACACAACAUUUCCUUUCAAAUCAGCAUUAUGAGGCGCAAUGCAAAAACCCGGCCAUGGCGGCAGAGAAGCUAGGAGCAGCAUUGAGCUAGCAUGUCUCACAGCUACACUGAAAUGUCACUCAGAAUAGCCGAGCACCCAUUUCAUUUGUUUGUCACCUCAAACCUCCUCAGAGCCCUAAAGGCGUUGUAAUCUGGGGCGCCCAUUGCUGCUGCGACAAACACUCGCCCGUGUGAUGGUCAAGGCGUGAUGACACGGCUAGACAGCUCAAGCCUUUCACCAAACUGGGUAUUUUCGGGUUGGACGCCAAAGGCGGUGUCACGAGUUGUGACGUUUCGCCCACGUGACUCUGUGUCCUAGCCAAUGAUGCUCCAGUAUUUUCUCUAGACUUAGUCAUUGGGAGAUAUAUCGCCUUUCAAUUCCAUUUUAGUUUAUCUUUUAUCAGCUGAAGUGGUGAUCGGCUGCGAGGAGCUGCAAAGAGGUAAAUCCUAUUUUGGUAAUUGUGAAUAAUAUGAUGCAUUAGAUCUACACAUAUGUAGUUAAAGACUGAAAUUCUCAGAACUGAAGUCUGAUAAAGUUGUUUUCUGCUUGGCGACAUUUCCUUUGCAUAUACAACGCUGAACCAUUGAGAGGAUGUUAAUCCAAGCAGACAAUCUAUUUAAACUUUUCCAGCGAAUCACCCUGAUUGGAUUAGAUGCUGUGUUCUCAGUUUCUGACAUGACUCGCUGUAAUGACGAAUAUACUGUCUGGGAGAUUCGGAGUCGACGUUUGUUAAGGUUUAAUUAUAGAAAGGUCUUGAACAAAUGAGGUGCUACCUUUAAAUCUUUUUAGCUAACAUGCAACUGAUUUUAAUGUUAACUGUGCAGACUACAAUGCCAGUUGAGUUUUGCAGCGUGGGUGUGGACUGCACAGACGCUGAUUCCUUCAAAAUGUCUAACAUGCAACCGUUCAUAAUGAAAUUUCUAUUCCAAUUAAAACAAGAAAGACACUUAUUCGUGUGUUUGGUCAAAAUGUUUGUAAUAAAUCUUGUAGUUUGCAGUUUUCCAUCUGCAAACAGCAUCAAGAAAAAUAUGCAAUGUCUUUUUAUUAUCAUUUAUGGACGGGCGGGUGACAAAGGGAAACUACACUGACUGAAAACUAAGAGUUUUAUUCGCAAACACGCAUCAAUACACUAUUUUAGCGCUCCAAGAUAAUGCUACGUGGCAGGGGAACAAUGCACGGAGCUGAGAGCUCAUGACUGUAAUUCAGGGUGAGAUCUCAACUAGGCCAGCUGAUUAAAGAUGACAGGUUUACAGACUGCUUAUAGGGGGUAAUGGCUGUGGCAGAACGGCUGCAUGCAGACAGGAACAAAAGGCGUCCUCACAUGUGUGUCUGCGUGUCUCUUCAACCUUUCUUUUCUCCUCCUCUUUGACUAGUUAUUCCCAAAUACAUAAGGGUUGGUUGUGGCUGAGAGACCAUUCUGAGUCUUACAAAUUUCCCCUUCAAAAGGCGGCGAACGCUAAUUAGCCUCGGCGGUUAGCGGGUGAUGUUUAACCCAAACAAAAGUGUGACACUUAUUCCUCUAGGUUAACAUCCCAAGAUGUUCAAGGCAGAGAAACGCACCUAAUUGGUCCUCAGCUAUAUGAAACACAGCAUGCUCGGCUGGCAGAAAUAUGAUGUCAUCUCAACUGUGAUUUUGUACAUGAACUGCUAACCUCUACAAGACAAAGCCUGUCUUUAAGCUCUUGGACUAUCAUGUGCUCAUCUGCGUUCGCCUCUCAAAUUUCCUAACUGAGGUUUUUACUCUUGAAUCUGUGAAUUUUAGCCAAAAAUGAUCAAUUUUGUUCUUGGUGGAUGGAAAUAAAGGGUCAAAAUUGUAUUAAAAAGACAAAGGGGUUUCAUUUGGACGUCUGCUUUGUAAACUGGUUUCUGUGACAAUAGAGUGUACAAUCAUGUCUGGUGUUUUAACUGACCGCAGGAGGGGGGGGGUUGACAGCUGGCUUUUCGAAGGAAAUCAAACUAAGAACCAGAAAUGGAUUGGGCUGCAAGAGGGCGCAAUAUACUGCGUUUUUGACUGUGAAUAUUUCAUGACACGCUUAUGGACAUUUUGCAGAGGCAGACAUUUCUUGCAGGUGGAAUUUUUUCUUCUAAAUCAGAGGACGCAAACACAAAAAAAAUGCAAUAACUUGUCCAACACAUAAGGCAGGCAUGUCAUUAUCAAUCAAAAUCUAGAAAUCAAGAUAAUUAUAGAAAUUUUCCUGAUUUUACAGAGUAAGCAUCAUGUCUCUGCUUUUGGGCUUCUCAGAAUAAAAGAUACAAAAGAAUAAUUGCAUCCCGUAAAUGUUGGUUGUCCAGAGAAACAUGACAAAUGAACACUGAGAACAGUCAAUUGGACACUCCAUACUCAUUCUGAAAGUGAGCACAAUUUUCAUUAAAGCUGUUUCAGAUUUCUGUUGUCGAAAAUCAACACGUAAAAGCGACAAAUUAAUAAAAAGAAGCGGAGAGACAACGUGACGCACAAGUUAAACUGAUUGAGUGCCAAGUUACCUCCACCCAAAAAAGAUUUGACACAACAGCGUGUGAGAGGGUUAUAGCUACAUGUUGAGUGAAUCAUUUGUGUUAACUGUUUUGGUAAAAGGACAGAGUCUAAUGAUCAUUUACGCUGACAAGAAAACACUAUCUCUUGACAAUCAAUAACCGCAGCUUUGAAAGGAGCUAAAUUAAGUGUUUGGGUUUUUUUUUCUUCUCUAAAGCAAUUACAACCGACAGAUCCAAAGUCCUGACCCCCUUAGUAACAGCUUCACAAAAAGAAGCUGCUUAGCAACAGCUGUUUCACUGCGAUAGUUAAUAUUUUAAAACAGCUAUUUUUAAAUGUACAUUAUAGACAGGAUUAUCUUAGCCAGAGACAUGUUUCAGAUAGAAUUUGAAUUAAUUGUUAAAAUAGAAAAGUACAUUUGGUUAUGCUAUAGAUUUCAGAACAUGACAUGCUUAUGUCAGAGGCAAUAUUAAUCUGCAGUAUACUGUACAAUAUAACAAAAUAUACAUCCAACACCUGUCAGUAAGUGUUAGAUGCAAUAUGAUGUAAUUUAGGAUAGAAAAAGCAGAUUAUUUAAGGUGGUGUUGACAUUGCUUAGCAGCUGCCUGCAGUGUCUGCAAACAUAAUUGAUGUUUUUUCAAUCAGUAUCAAAUACUGGCUGAUUAUCUCUGAUCUCUGAAGCAGAAAUAUCAUGUCAUAGUAAAGUAUCAGCAUGGCUCAACAAAUAAUCUUAAAACAGAGUGUAAAGACUUUCCUGGCUCGGUCCAAAGGAAUUAAUAUUCACCUGGCAGCAUCUGUUAGCUCAUUAAUAUUAACAUAACACCUUUCAUCCAUGAAAAAACAAUUGGUGAACAUACAUAAUUGAAUUUUUAAAGACAUCAUGUGCCAGAUUAUUUCACGGCUGAUUGAGGGAGUUUUUGUCGUCACUGUUUCAUCAUUAUUUCUGAGCAACGAGCAUGAAAAUCACCAUGUACUCAAUCAGUGCCCCAUAAAAUGUUGUAUGCUGGAUUUUAAAACACUUUGAGCUGCUUGCAGAGGCUUACACAACCAGAACUAAAGAUUAAAAGUAGUAAUAAUAAGAACACCACAAAGCAUGAGACAUCAACCUACUGCAUAUAGCAAUUGACAUAACCAUGUACACAAUUGCUGUACAAUUGCUGUACUUUUCAUUGUUUUCUUUGGUUUGCAGGAAAACUUUGUCUAGUCUUCAUAAGAAAAUUACAAUAUAAUAUGCCUUUCCAUUCAUUUUUAACCUAACAUGCACAAAUCCAAUCCCAAUCCACGAAACCAUCCUUCUCCACAUAUCUCUAGGUCUUUAACGUCUAUUUUUCAGUCAUUUCUUCAUAUUGACAGCCCUGUAUUUUUGUAAAAGCAGGUUACCCAUUUUGGGUCUUAAAAAAAGUCGGCCGAUCGAUGGAUUGAUAUUUAUGAGCUCAGAAAUGAAAGAAAAUUACAUCUACAUAUUACAAACUACCUUUACACUGAAAACGAGUCCAGUGUCUGAAGUUUGGGUGUAUUUCCUGCAGAAAGGGGAGGUCACAACUUAAGCGCAUCAGGUAAACAAAACACCGAAGAGCCGUUUAACUAAAGGGAUUCAUUUACUCACCCUGUUAGGAUGACGGGCUUUCUCUGGCUCUUCCGGACGGUCAGUUGUUGUCGUUUUUGUUUAAAGUAGUUAUUUUUCCAGCUGAAGAGUCGCUGCAGACCUGUCACCGGAUGUUCACUUGCCGUUAGCGCGACUUCCUGCGUUCCAACCGUUAGCUAACGCCGCCAAACAAACACCCGUUAGCUUUCUUUCGCGUUCCGUUUCAUCGACGACUUGCGGCGUUUUGUUCCCUCAAAGUACAAAAAAGAUGAUAGAUCCUCUCAGUAAUUACUUAAAGGCGAUACCUUUGCCUGGCUUUCCUCUGAAAAUCGCUUUAUCUAUAAUUAUUUGGUCCAAUGUAGCAAGUAGGAUAUCUUUAACGGCUAAGGCAGUACGGAAGCCUGUAGAGAACACACAGACAUAUUUCCAUUCUUUCUUCUUUGGUUUUGGCCGAAUAGACGCAUCCGAGGUUUCCAUUCGUUUUCCUCACGGUUUUGUACUUUUUCCCCCGAGGUUACAAAGGUGGUUGACAGGUGGCCAAAAAAAUAUGUUUUAAUUUUUUCAUUUCAAAAUCAUUUUCUCAAAAAAGCAAAGUCUCAGCAAAAUCAAUCCCUCACAAGAAUAAAGCCAAAAUCAAACCUUUAGAACAAAGUGAUGACAAGAUCAUAAUAUUGCAAGAAUAAAAUUAUAAUUUUGAGAGAAUAAAGUAGAGAUUAAAGGGAUAUGCUGGCGUUAAAUCAAUCAAGGGUCAAAAGAAAUUAGGCAAAGUUAAAACGUUUGGUGUCUAGUACUAUGGCUGGGACCCUAUAUGUCCUGUUGAUGAAGUUAGGCGCUGUUCUGAGCAUUAUUUGUGGCUAUAGAGUGGCGUUUUGGUUGAGGUUUGUUUAUGGCUCCUCAGACCGCUGUGUAUUGCUAUUGUGCGGUCAUUACUAAAGUUGGUAUAACUAGAGAAGCAAGCGGUCGGCAACAUUCAUCUCUCGAGGGGGUGUCUACCUCGGUGUCACGGUGUGUUUGACCCUAAAUUAAUUUUACGCCAGAAUAUCCCUUUAAUUUACCCUCCUUUUUCUGUCUGUCAAGGUUUUGGCUCCUUACACUUAAAAAGAUGUGUCAUAUCUCCCGUCAAAACAGGAUCAUGUGGCUGAUUCAUUGACUGAAUGAAUAGCUUUGGAUAAGAUUUUUCUCCAAUUCAUGAUGUCCUCUCCGGGCUUUUAUAAAAUCAAACAGAUGUACCUUGUAAAACAAAAUAGAUUCGUCUUUUGGAUCAAAAUGCUUUCUUUUCUUUUUCUUUUCUUUGUUUGGAGUUUUAACUCAGAAUUAUUCAUAAGUGCAAACAGUGCCUGGAGUGUAGGCUAUAUUUUGAGAUACAAAAGGAAAGGGGGGGCCAUGUGUUUUUUUUUUUUCUUUCUACCAGCCCAAAAACAACAAUAGCCUAAGGUCGCGUCUGGCAGAAAAUUAGCAUUUGCUUUUGGACUUGAAGCCACACAAGCCACUGAAAAUAUCCAACCAGCUGCAGCAAAGAUUAGUUGACAGGGAAAGAGAUUGGUGAGAAAACCCUGUGGCCAUUAAAUGAGUAUGCAAUUGAUGAAGACAAAAAUAGAUCUAUUGCUGGCUUGAAAUUACUGUCUGAGCAAAAUGGCAAUAAUCAAAUGGUAUAAAGCAUUGUUUGUAACCGAGGAGAUAGAAAAUCAAUCCACUAAGAGGUAAUAGAAAACUAAUUUAGUUUCUGUUUCACACUGUACAGAAAAUAUUUUCAUUAAUAGUAGAUAGAAAUAAUAUAUCUUGAGCCAGAAUCCCAUCUUGUAUAAAUAUUCACAACUUUGCACAGUGUAAUGUAGGUCCAGCUCCAGUGGUGUUGUCUUGGAUGCCGCUGUAUUCCAUUAAACAUCAAAAAUAGUCUCUCUGGUGCAUGUGAAUGUGAAAAAAAGGUAGAACUAUACUGGUCUGACUGGAAACCAUCAAGAAUCGAUUUCUUUUUCGAGUCAUUUGCCAUUUUCUCUGGCAUCACUUCAUCAAAAUACAAAUACGACAAUGAAAAGUACACUUUAUUUUUUGUUUUUUAACUUUUUGGCUCAGUGUCACUGAAUUCUCACUGUCCUAUUCUCUUUGCCAUAGUAGCAAAGUCACAGGGGAGCCAAAGUUGUCUUACCAACUGUGAUGAGGGCACAGUGGGAAAAGUUUAAUGUCUGACUCAUAGAACAAAGGUGUUAUUGAAGACCUUGCUUCUGUGGAUUCUGCGAGUCAUUCUGCUGCAGUGUCAAAGGAAACUCACAUUCAAAUAUUUAUUUAAGGAGAAGUAUUGAUCUGUGUUUCAUCGCUAUUUAAUCUCAUAGCAGUAUAGUGUCUUCUUGUGUUGCAUACUGCACAGUCUAAGAAAAAACAAACUGAUUUGAUAUAGUCUUCUCUGCACAGACAUGUUUGAGUCAGAGCAAACAUUGCAUUGGGAUUUCAUAAAAGUGAUGCUUGGCUAUGCUGUGUGAGACUCUCUUCUUCAGGGGGUAAUAUGUAUCCAAUGGUUUUGAAGCAGAUAGAUGUACUAAAGGUGACCAAGAGGGUCUGAAAAAUUUGGUGCAAGUUUUGAUAAAGUUGUUGAUAAUGCAUUUUAGACAUACAUAAACGUAUUCUGAACAACUGCAGUAUAAGGGUAUGUUUUUUGUCUUCGGUAGGUGACUGGCUGGCUGGAAAACCACCCCACUCCUUCUCCUUCCGAGGACACCCCAUUCCAGGACGGUGUUUUGCUGUCACUUCACCCCAUCAUGGAGCCCACCAAAGUCCAGUCAGAAGGUGGCCUCAAUGUCACCCUCACCAUCCGCCUCCUAAUGCACGGGAAAGUGAGUAAAUCUCCUAUAUUUCUUUUGCAGUCAGUUACGUCUGCGAAGAUUUAUCUCAGCUGCACUCAAAAUUAACUCAAGAUGAUUAUACAACUGCGUUUCUGCAAUAACUGUCCACUAAAUUGGUUUUACUGACAGAUUCAUAUUCACAUAAGAGACUUCCAAACACUCCACCAGCUGUUUACUUGUUGCAGCCGAACCCAACAGCCACUUUCAUUCUGAGAGGCCAACAUGAAAAAUGAGACUUAAAUGGCCUUAUGUUAUCUCCUUGGUGUGACAGUGCCCUCCUGCCCCGGCCUCACUAUGACGACAGGCUUUGCGCAACAUGUGACACCCACCUGGGAGUAAAAAAUAACCCUGUCUGUAAGAUUGAAGGGGCUGGGCUUUGACUUUUAGCUCUGCUUGGCCUGUAAAAAGUUUGCACGGUGUUCAGCCCAUGAUGCAGAAUGACAGAAAAUGUGCAGAGGUUCAAUUUACAGCAGUUUUUUUUUACUCAUAUUAAGAUCUUAGCAGCUGGCUCGCAGCUGUUUGCAUCUUCCAAACAGCUAUCCUGCUAAUAACAGGACAAGCGAAUCUGAAAUGUUAUUUGCAAGUUGCGAAAAAGCAGAUUACUUCUCUACUUGGAGAAUAGUGGACUUCUCCCAGCGCUCCCCUUCAUGUCACCCUAUUGGUCCUUUUUACGAGGGCAUUUCCUUCUGUGUUCACCUAGUUCAUUAGGAUGGACGAGGUGGAUUACAAGUAAUGAACGAGGGUCAGAUUGAGUUGUAGUAGUAAGGAGAAGGAGAAGGAGGAAAGUAGAGAGAAAGUGCAGAGGCAUGAGACAACAGGAGAGAGAUGCAUACUAUCUAGGUUUGCAUUGGUAACUUAAUUACCACAACAGAGGUACGGUCCUGUUUCUGAACAUUUGUGCCGCAAACCAACAGCUGCUUGCAGUGUAUCGUUACAAUAAGAUGCAAUAGUUUUACAGGGCUGUAGCGAAGAGCUGCAUCCAGUACAACUAAUUUGAUCUAGCUGCAGAAUGCAUCGAAGCAACGAGGAAAGCUGUCCCAUAGCAUCAACCUCUGGACUUAAAAAGGAUGGAUAAAAGUCCUUGAGAGAGCAAAAAGGUUAAAAGGAUUACAGAGGAGGCGGUUAAAUCCAUCACUCUGGACAACCGGCCCAUCUCUGUGGUAGAAAGUGCAGGUUUUUGCCAUCUAUUGAAGCUUGUAGAAGUUAGUCAACGUAUGAAGACAGUUAAAACACAAUAUGACUGCUGUUAGUUUCAAACAGAUAUUUAGAUAAGUCUAACUACACAAUAAAUUGACUCCUCUACUCUUGAGUUUACAGUGUUACAUGCCCACCAGUUUUAUGGGUCUCACAUGGCAGUGCAUGUUAAGUUUUGCAUGCAUGUGAUGUGCAACAAUCCGAACUAGAUGAGGUGAAACGAAAUGAGCUGAGGACAUUUUUUAAUUAUCUUGUUUGAAAAUAGUGCAACUCUGUUUUCUAUGCAAACGCAAGUGUUGGCAGAUACCCAAUCAGAAAAUCAGAUUGGGGUCAGGGGCCCAAAAAGCUGAUUGGAACAUCCCUUUCAUGGCAGCAAAAUAAGUCUCUAUCUCAUGCAUCAGUAUUGUGUUGAGGAACAGUGUCCAUGAUUGAAUUGUCUAGCUGUGACGCCUCCACUUCUCAACAAGUUUGAUGUUAUUUGUUUACGGUAGAAGCUGUAGGGACAUUUGGCCUCGGUCUGCAGGGCUCUGGGUGACCCACUGCCAGGGGAGAACUUCUUAACGUUGAUCUUCAGUGUUUAAAGCUUUGCUGAGUCACCUUCUUGGCAUGGACGCAGGUUUAUCUUACCUCAGAGCUGUCUAAAUUCACAUCUUAUUUGAUGAAGUUACUGAUGUAACUCUUGGCCUUGAAGAAAAACUGAUUACACUAAGUAUGAUUUAUUGAAAAUCAAAAAAUAAAUGGCAACAACUGAGUAUCCCUACUAUAACACUUCACAAAACACUUAAUUAGUAUUCUACGAAUGCUCAGGGAAGAAGCUGACACUGAGAGGGAAGUGGCCUACAGCGUUAACGUCACAGCAGAUGUAACCUUCUCAGUCACUGAGAGAGGCGCCGACUCUGCCCUUCUGCCCUAAACCCCACAGUGCCACUCUGAGCUCAUGAAGAGUGAUUACGUGCGUACGGAGAGUGUGGCCCUCAACACCAUCACACAGCUGUGAAACCUCUGCAUGUCCCUGUAGUGUCUGCUCCGUGUCCGAGCUGUUAGAGCUGAUUUAUUUGAUUUAAUGCUGGCUGAAGUUACACUAAGGAGGACUAGCAGGAAGAUGGCGUUACAACAAGGGAGCAUAAGAGUCCUUUAAGUCGACGUGUUAAAAGCAGGACUAAUAGGCAAGCGUAAGCAUAUGAGCUCCUUUGAUUCUGACAGCGAGACAACUGGGUCAGAGCAGCUCUUGUUCGCUCUGCAGUGGUCAGAACCUUAAGUGGUUCUAGGAAGGAAAACCAGCAACCCAACCAGAACUCACUAAUCCGAGUCAGACAAGAUCCCUCUUUGCAACUUACAGCAAUUAAAGGAUCUGCUGCUGAUGUCUGUGCGAGAUACUUCCCACCUUUAGAGGUCUCGUGUCGCUUCAGAUCUGACAUUUGUGACCCUGACCUGAUCAGAGGGGGACCUACACUCUGUUAGGCAGGUGACGUCUGGGCGUAUGUUCUUAAUACAACUUGUUCAAGCCUUACACGUUCAUCUAGAAGCUUUGUUUUGGAUUCACACCUCUCCUGUUUUGUUUUGCAGGAAGUUGGGAGCAUAAUUGGAAAGGUAAGUUAAUGUGCAUACUUGAAUAAAUGGAAAAACUAGGUGUUGAACAAUGUUCUGGAUUUCUAUAAUAUAUGAUUUGAUCUCUUUCCUUACAGAAAGGGGAAACAGUAAAAAAGAUGCGAGAAGAGGUAGGUUUAAGUCUAAAAAAGUCACAUCAUUUUUCAAUCAAUACAUUUAGUUUGGAAUAAACGGCAGGCUUGUGUGAUUCAUUAUUUCCUUCAGUGCUUUCUGGUAAUAAAUAGUGAGGAGAUUAUUCAAAUUACGAGGAAUCUAUUCUUGGAUUGAGGUCUCAGAGCUGUAUUGACUCUAUUGACAGCGCGUGUGUGUGUGUUGUUUUGUUUUUUUUAUUUUUCAGAGCGGAGCCCGAAUCAAUAUUUCCGAGGGCAACUGUCCUGAGAGGAUUGUCACCAUUACUGGACCAACAGACACCAUCUUUAAGGCUUUUGCCAUGAUUGCCUACAAAUUUGAGGAGGUAUGAUAAGAUUGUAUAAAAAUGAAAUCACUUUUUUAAAGGAAAAGAUUCAAACUUUGCCAAAUACAUCCAUAGAUAUAGGAUGGAUCUGCACUAUAAUCUGUGUUUGGAUAUUCUGUUAUUGCACGACUUCAAAAUCCUGCCUUAUUGUGUUAGAUAGCCAGCAGGGGGCAACAUCACCGAUUAAUAAAGUUGCAAACACUUCCCUCGUUUGACAUAUUGCAUAACAAAUCAAAAUGAGUGACGUAUUUAUUCUAAAGGUCCCCGGCCCUGUCUGUGUAAUGCAUUAUUCGGUAUAUAGAGCAUUACAAAGAACAGUCCUUCAUUGGCUUUAAUAGGUGAAUUAAAUCUGCGUCCUUUCAGCUUUCUCCUCUUUUGAUUCUGUCUUUGAUAUAAUUAAUCUGAAUAGAUGUACUAAAGCUCUGUGACUGGAACCAAAGAGAAGCCUCACCGCCGUGUCCUCACUGACCAGAGUCAGAUACGAUCUCUCAGAUCAAAUCCUUUGUUUCUCACAGACAGAGCACAGCAGAUAAGAAAGGUCGACCGAAACCUGUGUUUUCAUGACUCAUUUUACUGACCUUUUGCUCACCUGAGCUGAUGUGAAAGGAUAGUCGUCGCCAACAGAAGGAAAUUACUUCUUUUUGGUCACAAUGAGUAAAUAUUAGUGCUUCAAAGAGUAACAUAAGGUCUUGUUUUUGCAGGACAUAAUCAAUUCCAUGAGCAACAGCCCAGCAACCAGCAAGCCUCCAGUCACCUUAAGGCUUGUAGUUCCUGCCAGCCAGUGUGGCUCCCUCAUCGGUAAAGGAGGCUCCAAAAUAAAAGAGAUGAGAGAGGUAUGACAUGAUGCAGACAUCCAGCUUUGACUUCUUUGUUUGAAUCCAUUAAAAAAUAACUGAAGAAGAAGAAAUAGAGAUACUUUAAUACCAAAAACUAUAAUAAAAUAUAUUAAGAUGACCAAGGAUCACUGGGAAAAACAACUAAAAAAUAAAUUUUCAUAUGUUGUUCUGCAGAAUUGUAAUCUUGUCAGAGCUCUUGGACUCCAGGAUUUCUUCAGACUUUAUUUUGUCUUGGCUGUCAAGCUACUCAAAGUCUCCCACUCUCCUCCAGUCCACAGGGGCCCAGGUCCAGGUGGCAGGAGACAUGCUGCCCAACUCCACAGAGCGUGCAGUGACAAUCUCUGGGACCCCAGAAGCCAUCAUCCAGUGUGUCAAACAAAUCUGUGUGGUCAUGCUGGAGGUAGAGUAUGUCGUGAUUCAAAGGUGUAUUUUCGUUUUGUUACAGAGCUCGCAAAAUUCGGAUUUGGAGUAGAAACUUUGAUUGUGCUGAACCUGUGCACUUUUGAUAUGUAAACAGUACCAUAUUUGUUUUCAGAGCACCAGGGUAUCCAAAAUAUAAAUGAAACAUGAUGUUAGAUUUUUUUAUGAUGGCAAAAGCAAGGUUUCAUAAUCUUUAAUAUUAUGGCAGUAAUAAUUCAAGGCUGAACUGCAUCACUAAUCUAACAAAAACACACAAGCCUCCAGCUGUUUGUCAGAAUUUAUGAGAAAUUUUUGGUCCUGCCAAAAAUCUCACUGCCACCUCUCAUCUGUCUUUGUUUAUAUCCAAGUAUUAUUAUUAUUUUAUUAUAAUUAAAUACCAUGUUGUUAUAUUAUAGCAUUAUAGAACGUUAGCAGUAACUAUUAGGGCGGGGACGAUAUGCUUUUGUCCCGAUUCAUUCCUCUACGUUUUUUUUUAUGCUGAUUCAUUUUAAAUUGUGAUUCUACGAUAUUGUCGAUUUUCUCUAUCUUUAGUCUGAAUUUUUAACACCAGUGAAACAGUUGAAGGAUUAUGAUUGUCUACUGACUAGGAACCAUAUUUCCUUAAAAAAUACAUAUCGCGUGUAAGUAAGUUUUUAAGAUUUAUUUGUUAAUUUAAAAAAAAAAACAAUUUUUUAACACAAAAAAAAAUUGAUUUAAAGAUUGUAAAACAAAAAAUUGCGAUAAUAUUGUGAAUCGAUUUUUUCUCCCAUCCCUGGUAGCUUUUAACCAGAGCUACAGCCCCAGAUAGUGGCCGCACUUCAGCUCAGAUACAACAUACAACCAAUAUUUUGGGUUUAGAAAUAAGAGUACUUCCAAAUUUAAGUGCAGAGUGAGAAUGUCUGUUGGACUAUAAGAGCUCAUCCCUCACCUGAACCCAAACUCUGCACGUCACUGACAUUAUCGACAGACAAUGUCGUAUUUUAUAGCAUUUUGACAGAAGAUUUUCCUUUUUCCCCUCUCUGACCUUUCCUUUCUCCUUUCCUGCCCUUUCUGUCCCUUAUUAUCAGUCAUUUACAUUUUCAUUCACCUUUGCUCCUUGUGUCUUGAUUUCCGACAUUGCAUAGACAGAUUGAUUUGCAGGGUCACGGGAGAGUAAUAACAGUCUGUACCACUGCAUCACUUUCUUAUAUAGAAAGUCUUUAGAUGACUCCUGGACUGUGUGACCUCUAAUCAGAUAGACUGUUCCAGCACCAAGUGGGCAGCAGCCAGCAGGUCCUUUUUUUUUUUCUCUCUCUAGUAUUUUCACCACAUUGCCUGUGGUGUCCUUGCAGCCAACUAGGUGGGCCGACCCAUCUGGCAUUUGUCUGGAUUGCCAAAAUGCCAGUCUUGCUUCUGUUGGAGUUAGUCAUAUUUGUAAAAUAUGAGCUCCUUGUUUUGGCAUGUUUACUUUACUCUAAUCAGGGUAAAGAAAAAAGGAUCAGGUAUGAAAAUAUGAAGGAAAGGGAGCCCUGAGACCCUCAUGGGGGGUUGGGUCAGAGAGGGAGGAGGAGAGCUGAGAGAGACGAUGAGAGCUGUGUUGAAUUUCCAACUAGACGCGCUUUGUCUCGAGGAGUUAUCACCUUCACUGACGGCGGUGGGGAAUGCAUUUCCUCAGAAACAGAUGUUUUUGAAUGGUGCUAAUUUUUCAGGGAAAUGUCACAUGAGAUAUAAGGUGCACUUUCUGGGGCAGAGCCUCCCAGUUAUUGUUGUCUGUAAAUGUCAUCUAGACAAGCAAUCUUCCUGGUAAUAGAAGGAAAUUUGUGUCUUGCUCCACACUUUGAUUGCUACAGACGCAGGGCUUAUUAAUAUACUAUAACACUAAUGAAUAGACUCAUCUUAUUAAUGUUUAGAUGCAGCGUUUUAGAAAUUUCACUAGAGGCAAUCUAGCUGGCCUGUGAUGAAAACCCAAACUUCUCCACCAUUAAUAUGGGAAAUCUUAUUCUCCAUCUUAAUGUUGUGUUAAAGCACACGCCUAAGUGGAUACACUUUCCCUGUCAGUGCAGCAGCUACAGAGGAAAUCUGAUUAAACCCUCUCAACAGCCCUGUUGCUGUGGUGCAGCAUAAUUCAAUAUUUCUAAGUCGGUCUUGUGAGUUUGCAAACUGUAUCUCCCCUGCCGUCUAAUCAAAACAACCUCCCUGCUGUCGGAGAAAAAUUGCAUGCAAAACUGGAGACAUGGCAGUGCAUUUAAUCUGUGAUCCUCAGAGUGAACAAGUGCCAGGUCUUUGUGAUUUUCUAAUCUCCAUGAGUAGAGACUACUAAUACCUCUGAGCUUCAGGGCUUCUUAUUGUUUCCAUGAACAUGCUCGCAUCUUAAGAGCAAUUAAAAACACCUCUCACAGUAGAAACAUCCACGUACAGUAUUACCGCAGAGUGAUUCUCCUGCUGUUACUCUGCUGUUACCUGAUUCAAGAGGCUUAGGAAGUUUAAUCAUUAAAACAUAAGAUGCUUUUAUCCAAGUGUAUUAAAGUCAUAUUUUAAAAUGUUGAGGAAAGUGAAAUCAUCUGCUUUUUUCUAUGCAUUUCAACCAGUGGCGAUUGCUCUAAGACUGCAAGGGAAGCUUAGCUUCCCUUAAAAUGUCACCCCCCCAAAAAAAGAAAAAGUGGUGAAAUACGUACGGCUGUGUGUACAUUUCAUUAACUAAAUACGCACUAGAAAGCCUUCAACUUUUGUUCAGACACUGUGAUAAGAAGCUGAUAAUCACAGGUAACCGGCAUAACUUCGUUCUCAUUCAUCCUCGCAGCGCCUCAGCGCUUCAAACAGUCGGACGCUGGGCUUCUGCUGACUUCAAUGUGGAAGCUUAAAGUGGGUUGUUCCAGCAGCGAAACUAGACGCUCAUUGGAUAAAUGCUGGGCUUUGUCCCGCCCAAUGGAAGCUAAGCUUCACUGGAGUUCUAUGGCGAGAGGGCGGUCCCGACUUUCUCCCGGACUCCAAGCUUCUGCAUUCAUGAUUGGAUGAGCUGUCUGAGGCGAAAUCCUUUUUUGAUUGACAGCUAAACAAGCGAAUCAGCGAUCUUGAAGAAUAAAACAUCUACCAGAGCAUUUUCCAAGUCAUUCAUUCCGUUGUUCUUAACUGCUCCAGAGACUUUACCGAUCCUCAGCGACUUUUGUCUUUGUUAAAAAUGACUGCCGUUGUGUUUGGCGACUCUGUUCUGUUACAUACUAAUAAACAAAUACAAUUAUGAUGUAGGCCAGAAAAAUGAGCUUCCCCUCCUUGAAAGACCAGCAGCCGCCACUGAUUUCAACACACAUGGAAUAAAAUAGCAAACAGCAAGUUGACUCAAGUCGGCAUAAAUACUUGAUUAUGUGGAAAACUGCUCCAUCUUUAGUUGACAAAAUCUGCAAACGUGUACAUGGAAAGCUCACAGAUAACUGUUUCUGGUCAAGAAGUAGUCAAUCCCUUUUAAAAACGCACUUUUACUCCUUGGCUUUCAACACAUUGUAAUGUUAUUUUGUUUGUUAUCAUCAUAGCACUUGCCGUGAGCCUGCUUAUUUCUUUAUCUAUUGUUGCAUUUAUGUAUUCUUGUUUGCUUUAUUUUGUUCUUUGCUUGUUUUAUUUGUUUUUAUGUCUCAAUGUACAGCACUUUGGCUACCCCCGUGUUUCUUUUUAAAUGUGCUAUAGAAAUAAAGUUGAUUGAUUGAUUGAUUGAAACACAUAAUGCCCAUUUAGAAAUUGCAUACUGGUGCUUUUUGAGAUUCUCUUCUUGGACAGUCUUUUGGCCUGACUGUUAAACAAGAUUCAACAUAUUUGUGAGAUUUUUGUGCAAGAAUAUGUUCUUUAAUGCUAUACUGACAUAUUUUUCCAAACGAGGGAGUUAAAUUGUCUCAGCCUUUUAAAAAUAUUGAACUACUUCUAUUAAAUUUAUCCUUAAAGAAAACUGACUAAGAACAUGCUGACUGCUUCUCUUCCUUCUUCUCUUUUCCUUCCUCUCAGUCUCCACCUAAAGGUGCCACCAUCCCUUAUCGCCCAAAGCCCGCCUCCACCCCCGUCAUUUUUUCUGGUGGCCAGGUAAGAGCUGAGCUGGUUUCUUCUUCUUCAUUUGCAACCAUCUUAAAUGCAGUAUCAGCUUCUGCUUGUUACUUCUGGAGGGUUUUUACUUUUCGUUUGCUGUCCUCAUUAGAAAAUUUACUGCUUUAGUUGAUAGUUUAAGCACUGAGGUGAAAUUAUCCUUCAUGUGUGGAUAAAUUAGGGCCUGUGUACAGUGACAGCAUUUUCCUCCAGGCGGUAACUGUUGCUAGGUCAGUAAAAGUUCCUUUAAAGCACUUUUGUUUCUUUUCUAACUGACUGUUUUAAAAAGUAUGCAUAUGUACAUUUCAUAUUUGCUUUGGUUAAAGGAAAAUGUUUUGUGUUAUCGCAUUAACAGCAGCUCAAAAAGAUGUAGUGAUAAGAGAAGUCCAGCCUCUUCUUGAUUUUUCUAACUGGAAGUGCUUUGGGCCUGUAAACAAACAAAAAACAAUGACCCACAAUGGUUUUGUGAACAAAGUAGACACUCCAAGAAUAAAGAAAUGUUGUAAGUGGACACAGGCCCUUAUGCUUCCUCAGUUAUGGGCUUACUGUUGUGCAAUCAUGUCGUGAUUUAUAAUUAUUAUUUUAAGAGCACAAUUAAAAGCACAUUACCCAUUUAAUGAGUUUUACAGACAAACAAAAACAUGGUUAAAAGACAGCAGAAGUCACACAUGUACGCAAACAGAGGUUAGUCAUAAAAGCAAUAACACGAUUGCAUUAAGAUGCAAAUUGCAUCUUAAUGUUUAAUUCAACAAUAACAACAUUAGCGUCUGCAAUAAAGGUAAUGCAAUGCAAAAAAAAAAAAAAAAGGAUUAUCAUGUUGGGGAUUUGGAUUUAGAGCUGUUAAAAGCAUUUGGACAUUCAGCAAAUGAGAGAGAAUAAUCACAACACAGCUCAUUGGUACUUGUAAUGAAUCCAAUUAAGAGGAUUUGCUUUUGUCUGAAGAUUUUAACUGGUGGACUUUUAAUUGAAUGUAAGACACAAUCCAAGCCUGUAGGCAAGAAAAUGCAGGAGUCUGUGUCUGCAUAACUUUGGGAGAUUGAGCAAACUUACACAAAAGUGGCGACACAAAACUAUCCUAAUAGAGGACAUCUGCAUUACAACAACCAUCAAGAGUUAGAUAUACAAGGAAAGGUCGGGAUGAUGUCCGAAUAUGGUGAAACAACUGACUUCCUGAAUGUUACGUUGAUAUUAAAUAUUACAUCUGCUGUUUUUUGUGUCUUCCCAGGCCUACACAAUUCAGGGACAGUACGCCAUACCCCAUCCAGAUGUGAGUUUUGACUCUGUUUCUCAUUCAGUGAAGACCCGCAUCACAAUCACAUACAAUUUCAAAAAAAAAAGCUGCAAACAUCUAAUGACAUGUACAGGCCAGCUCUCUGAAGUUAUUUAGAGAGUCAUCAAUCACAACUCCCAAAAUACCCAUCCUAAUGGACAGGUGGAAUGAAGCUUUAUCAGAUGUGGUUGAUAACAAAACACUGCUGGUGAUGAUGAUAAAGGAAAAGAGAGUAAUGGCGGAUUUGGAUGUAGACACCCCUUUGAUUUCAAUGGACCAUAUAGUCUCCAUCAAUAAUCUUCUUUCAUCCGUCCUUGUCGUGAGAGCAUCUCUAAAGCUACCUUGUGUCCGAUCCACUAAUUCAAAGUUAAGCUGUGAUUGAUGCCGCUGGAGGUGCUGGUUGACGGUACAAUCACUCAAGUACAGGCUUGACACUUUCUUCCACCCUCAUUAAAACUCCUCUUUAAAAGAGAAGAGGACGUGUGAGCAUCCGUCUCUCUCCAUUCCUGAUGGAAAUGAUACACAGCAGGGGACAGGCAUAAUGUGACCACGUCAGGUGGAGAACGAGUUCUCGGACGGGCAUGUAGAGCUAAAGGUUCUCCACCUCUGAGUCAUAGGUGCUGGUUAGAAAGACACAUGAUAAACGAUGGGGCAAAAUGGUGCAGAUUUACAUUUUCACAGGAGUGGAGUUAUUCAUCUCUCGGGUUUAUAAAGUCAAAUUUGAAGGAUGUUAAAAAUUGCAAGGACACGCGUACAUCCCAAGUCUCUUCCUCUCACUUGCAUCUCUUCUUUUAGUGAGGGAUACAUGAAGAGAAGCAAGUAAAGAAGAGAGGAGUAGAGGAUAUAUUAGAGACGCAGCGAUCCAUUUGUUUCCGAUCCAAUCCGAUACCAAUACCUGGGCUGAGCAUAUCGGCCAAUAUCCGAUACCAAUCCAAUAUUACUGUUGAAUGAAUGAACUGUAUACCUUGCGCUGUGAGUGAAGGCAUCAGGAUUGACAUUAGCCUUGUUAAAAAAAAAAAAAGGUAACAAAUGAAUACAGAUAUAAAUUUACUUAAUAUUUAUUAACAAGUAAGUUGCACAUUAGCGCACAGCAAAGAUUUUGAAAAAAAAUUAAUUAAAAGAAAAACAAAGACUGGAUCCGAAUGCCAGAUCGGCAUCAUUGAUCCAAUAUCCGAUUUAGUUAAUUUGUCAAUAUCGGAGCAGAUAUCUGAUCCAAAUAUUGGAUUGGUGCAUCCCUAAGAUUUAUGUUUCUGUUAGUGAAGGGGUAGUUGCAAGGACAGACUUUUAGUAAAAUGAUGAAUCUAAAAAAACAUGAAAAUCGGAAGUGAUGGCGUCACAGAAGCACAAAAGGUACAACACUUUGAUAGGCAGUAGGGCUGGGCGAUAUGGCCUCAAAUCAAUAUCACGAUAUAUUGAGGAGUUCGGCUUGAUAACGAUAAAAGGAUGAUAACUACUCCACAAGCUGCUCACCCCCUCACACAUUAACUUCGUCUACUUCAGCCGUUACAACUUUUGAACCGUCCUCCAUCUCCUCACCUGUCUUUCCCUCUUUGUUACGGACUGGAUGGGGUGGAGUCACGUCUCUGACGUAGGACAGUGUCUUAAAGGGACAUGAGACCAUAGCCUACCGACACACAUCCAAAACCAACUUUUAUUUAUUUAUUUAUUUAUUUGACACCCAAUAUAUCGAUAUGGGCAAAAUUACGUCAGUCAUUGUCGUAGAUUUCGACAUCGAUAAAUUGUUGGUUUAUCGCCCAGCUCUAUUAGGCAAUACCCUUUAAUACACACAGUCUCAUUUGGAUCACAAGUGGACAGCCUGAACUACAGGUGGUACCACAUCAUAACGCAGCCUCAAGACAGAUUGAGAUCCCAAACCGCCUCCAUCUGUGCUCUGCUUCAUGAUUGGUCUGACAGGAUGUAGACUCAUAUCCUGGAACGCAAUACUGGCCGCCCAGUUUUUAGUCUAAUGGGGCUGAAUCAAGCUCAGUCAGAAGUGAGCGGGAAGGCGAGAUCUGAUCUUAAGUGGUCACUGAAAAAAACCUAAUGGACGCUUGUGCUCAGAGCUGUUUGCUUGUGGUCCGAUAACUGAAAACACAUGAGUAAACCGGGUCAACACUAGAGCGCUGUUCACGCCUCUGUUAUGCCAAUGUCUGUUUAAAAGUCUAUGAUCAUCCUCUCUCCAGUAUGAUUCUUGGAUCAGCUGCAGCAACCAAUCAAUAAGUGAUUAAGUGAUAUCCACUGAGAGGACAUGGUCCAGAUUUCCUCCUCUUGUGUAUCCUCAUCCUCGAGCACAGAGAUAAGAGCUUUGAGUCUGGAAACGACGUCUAUUUUGAGCGAGAAGCGAGGAAAUAUCAAACAGGAGACUUGGGUUGUACCUCCAGUUAGAAAAACUACCUUUAAAUCUGCAUCUUAAUGACAGGCAGUCACUCUCUCUUUCUCUCUCUCUUUCUCUUUCUCUCUUACUUUUUGUCCUCCACCUCCCUGUGUCAUGACCUUCCUCUCCUCACUGUCUCUUCACUCUAGUUUUGUUUGGCUUCAUUUCUCGGUGUGUCCUGUGUAACAGUAACCUCUUAGUUCUACUUUCCCUCCUAACCCUUCAGCAGUUGACCAAGCUCCACCAGUUGGCUAUGCAGCAAACCCCUUUUACCCCUCUCGGACAGACCACCCCUGCUUUCCCUGGUACGUACCCACGAGUCCCUUUAGAUAAACUCCUUCUUUCAUCCAGAGAAACUUCUUUUCUCUUUCCCUACCUUCCACCUUAUCUCUCUCUUUUUUGGCACAGCAUGACUUGGUCCCUGUGGUUUCUCUCCUUCUUUUUAAUUUUUCAUGUAUAUUUUUUCCUCUUGGCUCUGUCUGAUUUUAUUCGAGUGAAAAGGCAACGGAAAGUGACACUGGGCUUCAUAGUUAAAACUAUGCAUUCAAAACUGCAUUAUCACUUGGCGACAGGAUGCAUCCUUCCUCUGACGCAGAUAUUUAGCUUUCCAUUAAGGCGAAAACUGUCAGACUUGCCAUAUUGUAUUAUGUUGACCUACUUAAUGUCCCCUACGUCUGAACUGAACAACAGAUCCAGUUUGAAAAAAGUUGGGAUGCUGUGCAUAAGGAUGAUAAAACCAGAUUUUGAUGGUUUAAAAGAUGUGUCUGAUUAAUACUAGUGCAAAAACAUGCUAUUAAAUGUUCAAACUGAACAUGUUGGCUUUUUGUCGCAUUCUUGCAGCUGCACAACAGUUCAGGGUCUCCUCUUUCCCAUACAAUGAGCCCCUAUACAUCCACACACCAUAAGGGAGACUGGCUUUUAAACUGAGAAAUAACAACAAGCGAGCAAGACGAACCUCCUCCAAGAUCUAAGCGUCCAUGAUCUUCAAAAACAAUGUCCAACUUUGAUCCCACAGACCAAAGGACAGCUUCUCCUUUCUUGAUCAUGUUAAUAUUUGGUUUCUGCAACAACAAACUGUGUUUCCUGACUGUGGUUUUUGGAGAUGAGUUAAAGCCCAUGUGGUGAUUUCCACUACAGAAUUAUGCCUGUUGACAGCCACCCAGUAUUGGUUUCUGGCCUUGUCCCUUUUGUACAGAGAUUACUCCUGAUUCUUUGACUCUUUAUUCGGGGUGUCCCUUGACUUCUAAUACGAUACCGAUAUUGUAGCUUUCAGUAUCAGCCAACUUAAACAACAAAUACUGCCUCUUACUCCUUUGUUUGUACUUUAGUACACACUGUUGUUGUGAUGUUGUUGGCUCUACAUGCUAAAUCUGGGCGCUGCUAGCUAAAGGUGUCAGAGUGGAGUCUGGAAUGGACUGCUUGUAUCAGAGUGCUGAUAUCGGGGGUUUUAGAUGCAGGCUGAUAUAAUCUGAUAUUUGUUUUUUUUGCUGAUAUCGGAUAUCAAUAUCAUACCGGGACAUCCCUACUCUUUAUAUAAUGUGCUGUAGAUGAUACAGUCCUCACAUUCUGGGAAGUUUCACAUUUUCAAAUCUUUAUUUCUGAGAAUAAGUUUUCUUACUAACAUGUUGCAGUAUCACUGACCUAAAUUUUGUUAAAUGUGUCGCUAGUAUCAACUAUAAAAUGGUCAAAUAUUAUUCAUAAAACAACAGAAAUAAUCAGUUUCAACAUUUGAUAUGCUGUAUUUGCACCAUUUUAAUGAUUUAUAAACCAUCAAAUGCUGUUUUUUUAGAUACUCCACUCAGUGUCCCAACUUUUUUGGAUUUUUUUAUGGUCUUUGGCAAAUCUCUGUGUCAUACUCUUGUGUUCAUUGUAAAAUAUCAGCUGGGAAUCGAGUAAACAAGCAGAUUUGAAUCUUUUCCCCACCAGUUUCAUGUAAAACAAUACGGAUUUAUACAUUUACUGUUUACUGUAACAGAAGGCCACAUUGUGACAGUUUCUACACCCCUCAUUUCAGGCGUCUGCCCAAAGUAAUGUGAGCAGCAGGACUGUAGCUGGAAGACGAGACAGAAAGACAUUAUUUAAAAUGAUAAACAAGUGUAUUGAUGCGCAUAAUUGCUGCUGACUGUAUCCAGCUCUCUUUCUCUGCCAUCCCUUCUGAAACCAGCUCUUUAGCUUCUCCUAUAUGUCUGUGAAACGUUGUGAAAACUCCCGUCAUGUGCGAUGAGAACAUACAGGAGAGCAGUCAGGGAGACAGAGCGGCAGGUCGGCUGCUGAAUCAUUUCAUUCAGGUUGAAUUAUACAGUUGGAUAAGCUCACAGAGUCAGGGCACAAUGUGUCAUAACCGUGAGGACCUGAGGGAGCAUGUGCCAAGAUACGAGGCUGAAAUGUUGCGAAAAUAACCCGCAACAAGCAGAAGUGUUAGAUUUCACGACACAGAUCAUCCUAUUUUUGGAGAGAUGGUGAGAGAUUGAGAACGUUUACACUCAAACAAGCUAAUGAGACAAAGCAGAUAUAAAAAGGAUCAGGCCUUGCGUAGCUUCUCCUCACUCUUUUGGUUUUGUUUUGUCCUACAAAAUAAACGUCUAAAUCCAGCAGCUCAAUCAUUUUUCUGCUGAUGUCGUACAUUUUCCCCUUUUUCUUCCACUUUCCUCUCGAAGGCUCAAUUUAUUUUCGUGUGGAAAUAGUGAUGUAUCCCACCAUAUGGUGGGUUUUAGGCACUUAAGUGUUUUGUCAGCGGCAGAAAUGGAUGAAGGGACACCUUCACACCACAUGAAUUAAACUGAGAGCCAUGAGCUGUUUCCCCCUCUGUGGUAGAUGGGCUUUAAUUGACUUAAUCUGUAUCUAUUACAAGCUGGCAACAAUUAGGGGAAGAUCUUUUUGUGCUGUCAUUUGAUUUUUCAUCAGUUAGUUAUGGUGCUUAGAAAAUGUGGCCCCUAGUUAAUUAUUUUUUAAUCAACUUUUCUCACAUCAAAUGAAAUAACGGUGAAUAAAUCCUGCAAAGUGAUAAAUCUGAGUAUUAAAAGAGGGAAAAAAACUCUUUACUUUAACACUUUAUUUGACGCCUAUCUUUAUAACUCAUAAUAAAUAUAUUUAUAAUGAGUUAUAAUCAUGUUAUAGCACUGUAUGACUAAAGUUAUAAACACUCAUAAAUGAUCAUAAUUCUUUAUAACAAUAAUCAGAACACAUUAUAAAGCAUUUUAUCAUGACUUACAAGGUCAGGUAUUAUAAUGUGUUAUAACUGUUAACAACAGUUGCACUAACAGUUAUAACACAUUAUAAAACCUGGCCUUGAAAGUCAUGAUAAAAUGCUUUAUAAUGGGUUAUGAUUAUUGUUAAAACGCAUUAUGAUCAUUUAUGAGUGUUUAUAACUUGUUAAACAGUGCUAUAACGUGAUUAUAACGCAUUUUACAUAUAUUUAUAAUGGGUUAUAGAGAUAACGCGUCAAAUAAAGUGUUACCAAACUCUUAAUUUUUAUACAACGGUUAACUCAGCCUUCACAAAGAAAAAGUGGAUUCUUCGUUUGCCUGGUAUGAAUCUUCCUGGCUAAUUCUGAGACUUGAGCAAGCAAGACUUGAGUUCAUGAAACAGGGCGACAAUAUCUGCCUUAUGUUUGAAAUAGCCUUUAAAUAUGAGAGCAGAUUUGAUCCUGUUAUUCUUGUUUUUUUGUAUUGAAAUGAAAAAGCCAGUCUCCCCAAAAUGUCAAAAUUAGGUAUUGACAGGUCUUGAUCGUGAUAAAGUAACCUUUAAAAGUCAGAUCUGUCUUUUGUCGUUGCUCCCAAUUCAGGUUUGGAUGCCAGUCCACCAGCCAGCACCCAUGAACUCACCAUUCCUAACGAUGUAAGUAGAGCUUAAUUGAGACGGCUGACUUCUGGAUAUACAGAAUUUCAACUGUGUUUCUAUUACCUGCCAUUUAAUUGAUAUAUUUGAGUCACUGAAAGGUUGUAGUUUACAUCAGGAUGUAAUACCUUCAUUUUUCAAACUUGAGUCGUAGAGAGCACUGAUCCAAUUAAGUCCGAUUUUAAGGGUGGCUGUCAUUUAAUUAACUGAUAACAGAAACAUUUGCACAAAGGAUCCCACACUUGGAUAAUCCUGUCCUUUAAACUCAUUUAACGCCGUAAGAACAAAUGAUUGAUACCAUUUACACCCAUGAUCCUGCAAAUUUCUUCUCUUACCGUCGGCACGGCAGGAAAAACCAUCUCUGCCGAUCGACUGACCGUGCUAUCAUCAAUCAAACUUAAUUUCCUGCAGGAUGGGAUUUAAAUUAAAACUCGACCAUUUCAUAAGCCAUUAAACUGCCUUUGUAAUACUAAAUGUAUUACAAUGGGUAUUAAAUAUACUAAGUCAUGCUUCCCUCAGGUUCAAAGACUUCUCCUCCCUUUUUCCAGCUAAUAGGCUGUAUUAUUGGACGCCAGGGAACCAAAAUAAAUGAGAUUCGACAGAUGUCUGGGGCGCAGAUCAAAAUUGCAAACGCGAUGGAGGGCUCGUCGGAGCGCCAGAUCACCAUCACAGGGACCCCCGCUAACAUCAGCUUGGCACAGUAUCUCAUCAAUGCCAGGUAACCUCUUAACUCUUGCAGCAGGGAUCUAGCAUAAAAGCAACUCUUGAACGUCCAAGAAAAACCUCAACAGCGAUUGUUCUGAUUGGGAAAAAAAAAGAAAAAUCCCUCCAGUUUAGUUUUGACAGUCCUGACACUAAUACUUUGAUGAGUUGCCAGAAAUUGCACAGUGUCUGUCAGGGUUUGACGAGAGGCAGAUAUGCCCAUGAAUAAUGUGGAUAUUCGUGUUAUUCUUGUUCCUUUUUUUGACUUUUGCCACUUAUUUCCAUCCAAGUGCAGACAUUAAAAUGCAUUAUGUUUGAGCCAGUACGCUCUUUGUGAAUAAGUGCCUCACAGGAGCGAUGCCAACUUCUAAAACAUGCGGCAUCUUUGAACAGAACCUGCAGAUUAGAUAACUCAGUUAUUCCUUUGUAAGUAUUUCAGUGUUAAAUCUGCCUUAUUUUGAAAGGUGACGGCCAAAAUAUUCAUGAUAAUUGUGUAAAGUGGCACAAAAGGUCAUGUCAAGUAUAGAAGGCUUAACUGAGAGCUGAAAUUUUUGCAGAAAGCCAUUCGUUUUAUUUAUUUAAAAGCUAAGAGAGGAAAUAUGUGGAGUCCAAAGCAACAUAAACAAGAGCAGAGGGUGAAAAAAAACAUUAAUAUAUGAAGGAAUAUAUUUUCUAUAGGAAUUCUUCUCACUGCACUGCCUAUUUUCUCCCAUAUCCUCUGAAAUUUAUCAUGAGUGAGAAUAAAUGCAUCGUCUAGAGCUGUGAGGGAACCGAGCCUCACUGAUGUCCACACAUACCUCCACCUCAAAGUCAAAUGUUAUCGGUGUGAGAGCGGCUGAACCCGCACGCUCCUCAAACAGGGACUUCAUAUCUGCGACUUCAGUCAGGAAGUUUCAGGCAGCGCUCCUCUGAGAAACUAAUGGCUGAUGCUUUCCCCCCCACAAUCCCACUGGCAGGUUCAGGGACGUGGCUGCCAUGUGGAAUGACCCCUCGGCCAUGACUACAUCCUGAAGUCAGCCCAAAUCUGGUUCUGUUCACUGAAAGCUAACAUCCAAACCAACGCUUCACAAAUACCCUAAUGUGUUCCCCAAUGACAGUGGCCCCCAGAAGCCUUUUGUUUUGUAAAAACCCCUCAGUGUUAAUCUGUGGGAGACCUUCAGUUAAAGUCAGAUUAAUAAGUACACUGGGAUUUAUUUGACAUGGAUGUAGCCGGUGUUUGAUUUCAGGAAUAGUUUGACAUGAUGUUUGAUUUGCUCGGAGUAAGAUGUGAAGAUGAAGUUUGGGCUGGAAGAUGGUCAACUCAGUUUAGCUAAUCCUUAAAGGGAUUGUUUAUCCUGUGUUUGCAACUUUGAGUAUAGUCAAUUUGUGUUCCAUAUCAUUCCCUGGGAUCGGUUUCAUCUAUUUCAUGGUUGUUGGGAAGUGGUUGGAUCGACCUUUUCUGAUGUAGUUGGGUAAGCAGGCCCACCUCUGAUAGGAUUUGAUGCUCAAGUUGAAGUUUAAUCCUCAGAGGUUCCCAAACUCUUCAACCUGCAACCCCCAAAAUAACGAAGCUGAGGAUUCUUGACCCCCCUACCAUGAUUGCCACUAGACAUUAAAACAACACAGAAGAACAAUACAGCUUAUUACUUUAUAAAAUUACAUCUUAUUUUAAUUUUAAAUCUUUAUCUUAUUUUAUAGUAACUUAAAGGCUGGUGAGCAGGAGAUCUUUGAGAUCUGGUGUGUUAGCUGAACCUGCCCACUGAACAUUUUUUGGUCUAAAAGAGGACUUAUAGACGCUAAAAUGUAGCCUAGAUGCCCGUUUCAAAAUCAGGCUACGACAGGUCUAAAAAUGAAAGUUUUUCAAAUGUCUAACAUGACCAAGUUUAGACCAAGUCGAAAGGUCCUAACACACAGGGAAUGACGCAAAUUUACGAAAAAAAACACUCCCAGUGUGUAGGGACCUUAAAUCUGGGCAGUAUCUAUACUACACUUUAUAUUGCUCAACAGCUUAUUUUGGUUUAGUACUUGGAGAUCAGUUAUGCAACUCACAGUUGCUUUUUGAAAUAAAUAGUUAUUGAAAAAUGGGUUAAAGUGCAACGUCUAAAUUAGGUCUAAAAGAAAAAAAACUAGACGUCUAAUCACCGUCUCUUGCUCAGUGGGUGCAUGAGGAUAUCCAUUUAUCGAAGUAAAUAAACAGACUGUUAAAGCCUCUCAGAUAUUCAUCUUCUCAUCUCACUCUCUCCAAUCCUAUUUUCAUUCAUGUCAAACUAUUCCAGUAAGUAUUUAAUUAGCAUGCCUCAUUCUGAGAUUAAUAAUGUUACUGUCAUAAAUACUAUAUUAGAUAUUUGCCUAUUGAGUCCUUUUGUUUCCUCGUCUGCAAAGAAUAAAACUCUUAAAAAAUGUAAAACGACCAAAAAAGGAAAAGAAAAAAUAAACACACGCCGCCACUCAAGCAAUGCUUUUUGGAUGAAGAGUCAUGUGAUGACUCUGUCUCUGCAGGGAAACGCUGCAGUUUUACAUCAGUUCACCUUUAUUCUUUUCACUGCAUGGCUUCAUAAGGAGUGCAUGGAUAUGUGACCAUAUUUUUUAAAUGUAUUUGUUUACGCUGAAGGAGACAGUAAAAAAAAUAUGGUGUCAAAUCUGAGGUUAGAGGAAUGAAAACCACAGGUGUCAGCCAUAAAGGAGCACAAAGCCAGCCAUCGCAGCAUUACUCUCACUUUAGUGGGAAAGUUCAGUUUCACAGCUGUUUUAUUUUCUCUGUCUACCCCUCCUUCCUCCUCCUCCUCCUCCUCUUCCCUCCACCUUCCCUGAACUGUUUUAGGCUGACGUCUGAAGUCACUGGAAUGGGCACUCUCUAG